GAGAGAGCGAGAGGGGAGGGGGGGCCGAAAGCUUGGCUAGAGAAAGACACAUCGAGAGAGAGGGGAAGAAAAAAGUCCCUUCCGGUUUCGCGUAUCCUUCCGCGCUUCUCAUUGAUUCCUUUGCGUGGGCGGCGUUCUGAUCCUUCCGCCGCUGCGCUAAUUGGCGGCAGGUGAGGAGGAGGAUAAGGCGGAGGGAGCCGCCGCCGCCGCCGUGACUGUUCCUGCGCCGCCCGGCCGUUGCUCUCCCUUCCCUUGAGGAGGAAAGUGGUGUGUCCUUCCGCCGAGCGAGCGGCGGCUGUUUCCGGAUCGCUCAGGGCGGCCUCCCACCGUCUUCUCCCUCUCUGCUUUCCCCGCCAUUGAGAGCCGCCCUUGCCCCCUUCCCGGGUCCUUGGCUCGCCUCGCCGUCGGCUUCUUUUUUCUCACCCCCCUCCUCCUCCUCCCGUGUUUCUCUUUUUUCCUGUGGAGAGACUAGGUCCCCCGCCCAAACGCCGGGCUGGAGCCCCAAAACCCCAACAACGCCUCGGGCGCCAUGGCUCAAAUCCUGCCCAUCCGCUUCCAGGAGCACCUGCAGGUGAGUCUCAAGAAAAAACCCCGUGUGGGGGGGGUGCGGAAGGGGGUCGUGUCUGUGGGGAAUGGCUGAGGGAGGGUCAGGAAGGCCUGGGGUUGGAAGCGGGGCCGAGAGAGAGAGAGAGGAGGGGGCUGUCCGUGUGUGACAGUUUUAGGCCUUGGGGGGCAGGGGAAAGGGGGCAGCUGGAGGAAUGGGGGCGAAGGGAGGUGCGCCCUGGGUUAUGAGCUGGGGCAGGUGGGAAAGGGGUCAGGUGGAGGACUUGGGGAAAGGGAGGGAGCUCCUGGGCUUGAGGAGAAGGGGGGGGGAGAAGAGAGAUUUGUGCGUUUGAUUAUUUAAUUUGUAUACAGUUUAACAUAUUAAAAACGCCUCUUAAGUGGGGCGCAGAAACUGGAAGCAACAACAGGCAACUUGAACAAAAUAUUACAAAAAUGCACAGUUGCAUAUUUUUAAAAAACGCUACAUUAAUGCAGCGUUAACUGGUAUGUGUAAAUCAACAUGCUUCCAAAUACCAGUUGAGAGAGAGAGAGAGAGACAGGGCUGCUGGGAGGUGAGUGUGGGGGAAGUUAGGAUUAAAGGACGUUUCUGGAAGGGGUGGUGAGAUAGUUGUUUGUAUUAUAUAUGUAAUUCAUUUAUAUAUAUAUGGGGGAGGAGUCUGUGUGAUAGUGGAAGGGGGUGGAAGUGGGGGUGAAGCUAGAGUUAAAGGGGGUUCAUUGGAGCCAUGGGGAGGGGAGACAAGAGUCUUUUUGUGUGUGUGAUAUGAAUGAAGGCUGGUCUUUGGUAUAAAGGUAGGGAGAGGUAGCUGAGGAAAUAGGUCUAAAGGAAGUUCAUUGAAGGUAUUUGGGGUGGGUGUAAAGCAGGAGUUGUACUGGCAAGGUGUAUUUAUGUAUGAAGGAGGGAGGGGACAUCUGUGUGAUAGCUGAGAGGGAGGACUGGUAGGAGGAGGCAGGAGAGGCUAUGGUUAAACUGGGUUUCCUGAAUAAUGGCUGGGUGGAGGGGCAGAGGCCAGAGCUGCCUGAUUGUCUGAGAUAAAUAUGAAGGGGGGAGUCGUCUGUGAUGGUUGAGAGAGAGCUGGUAGAAGUAGGCAGGGGAAACUAUGGUUAAAGGGGUUCCUUGGGGGAGGGGAGGCAUGUGUGUACAUAAUACAUGUAUGAAGGAAGGUUUUAACUCUUCCCUCUCUAGAGUACCCAUCUGUGUGAUAGCUGAGAUGAGUGGAAGGGAGGCCCUGACUGAGAUUAAAAGGGAGUAUUUGAAGAAUUUAAGGGAAAGCAAGUGAGGUGGGUGUUACACUGAAGGUCAGGAUCAUCAAUAGGGGAAAGAAUAUGUGUGUGAAAGGGCUGCUGGAAGUGGGGAGGGGCUGAAAUUAAAGGGGGUGUUUGGAAGAGUGGAGGAAAUACGUGUGAGUUUGUGCAAUGUAUGCACACAUGUGUGUUGUAGGGUCUUAGGUCUUGGGGACUCUGAUGCUAGGAAGCCACCUGACAGGCUGCUGGGAGUGAGGAGCUGAGAAGGCAGGUGACUGAGCAUUAGAGGAGGGGUGGAAGCAAGAGGGGUUUGUGCCUAACUUUGCACAGGGAAGGAAGGUCAUGGGGUUAUCUGGAAGUGUGUGUAGGAAGCAAUUUGUGUGGUAGUUUCGUCCUGUAAAGGGGGGGGUGUGCUGAGAGUGAGGCAGUGGUAAAAUGGCUCGGUUUAAAAGGAUAGGGGUGCUCCAGAGAAGGUUAGGGGAAAACAAGUGUCAAUAUGUAGAGAGUAAGGAAAAGAGGAGGCGAUUCUGUGAUCUUCCAGGAGGAGGAGGGAGGGAUGCCAUCUGUAUGACAGUGUGGGGUAGGAAGUGUUGGGAGUGAUUCCUUUGGGAGAGGAGGAAAGCCAGUUCUGCUAAAUGAAUGAAGGGAGUGAGUGAGGAGUUGAGGUGGUGAAUGAGACCGAGAUGGGGCAGGGGCUUUAUAGGAGCUGGGAGGCAGGAUGGGGGCCUGAGGCAUUUAAGUGGAGAACUGGAAGUGACUGGGAGUUUAGAGGUUUGCAGGUAGGGAGGAGAGAAGGCGGUCCUCAGAUAAUGAAGUAGGAGAGAGGGAAAUGAGUGAAGGUGGCUGGGGCUGUUUGUGCAGCAUUUUGAGGAAUUGUGGGGUGGGACAAAACCUUUUGGAGUAACAGGUGUUUCUGUAUGGCGUGGCAGGAAGGAAGAUGAUCCUGGAGUAACUUUGAAAGGGAGGGGAGGCCUGACUGUGAGUGGGAUUAUAAAGGCAUUCUAGGUAAUGUGGAGGAGAUGGGGCUCCAGAGUAGCAACAGUAAGGUUUAAAUAAUGGAGGAGAAAAGAAGUAAAGGCGAUUGAGAUUAAAGUGUUUGUGUGUGGAGAGGGGCAGUCCUGUUUGGAGACUAAGAGGGUGGGGUGGGUGAAACUUGGGGAGGUUCUUCAAAGUGGCUGGCAUUAAUGUUUGGGCGUAUAGUGUGGGUGGAAGUAGCCCUGGACUAAUUUGAAGGGGUAGAUGCACCUGUGUGAGAGGGAGGUGGCUGUUUCUCCAUGUGAUGGAUUUGGCAGGGUUAGAAAAAAGAAAAAGCCAAGAGGAAUUAUUCUGAUGCUUAAUUGGGUGUGGUAUACUUGCCUUAAUAUAGAUUAACUUGUUAGGCUAAUGCAGGGGCUUGAUGGGAGCAAGAACCUGACCUGUAGUGAUAGGUCAGGGGGUUGAUUGGUUUCUGGUUAAUGAUUUGUGUGACUGCUGACUGCAGAGUUGUUCUGGAAGAAUUAUGUGACUAGAGCUAGACAGGAGAUGAUGGGAGUGAUUGAUGUAGAUUUCAGGGGGAGAGAGAUCUGUAUAGUGGGUCAAGAUUUGGUAAUGUUGCAAAUAACUCUGCAGGGGAAGCCCAAAAGGAAUGUUGGGUAUGCAUGGACAGUUGAAGUGAGAGUGAGCCGAUAAUUCAACUGGCACAUGUUUCUUACGUUUUUCAAGCUCUAUCCCGUGUUUCCCUUAGGGAUCAUGUCCCAGCUGAUAGUGAGAAACUGUAAGGAGUUUAAAACAGGAGGGAGCGGGAAGAAAUGAUGUGAUGUUGUUCUAGGGAGGUCAAAUAGCAUCAGUGCUAGGGCAGUUGGGUUUGGUUGACUUCCGGGGGUGGGUGUUAAGUUAGGCUGAACUUAAUGACAAAGUAUUUGGAACUAAAGGAAUUCUGUGGUAUAAUGUGAUGGGUAAUCCAAGGUCAGAGGUCAUAGUGGGACCAGGUGUGCAAUAUCCAGUCACUUUGAGGUGUGCAUAAAAGGUAGAGACAAAUGUUGGUGCGGCUUGUGGCAGGUAUAUAGAGUGCAGGAGUGGAAUCCAGGCGAUUGGAGCUAGAUCGGUCAGAUGCAGUUGAGGAUUCCUUCUCUUUGUGAUGAAGGUUGAGAAAGGCAGUACUCAUCUUUCUGUGGGUGGAGCUGAAGGUUGUAGUAGUGACUGUGCAGGUAUCUGCCUACAAAGUGCACCCCAAUCACCCCAGGAAAUGGCCCUUUGAGUUCCUGAAGUGGAAGGAACAAGCACACUGCUACUCUUGAAUCACAGCUAUCCUAACUGUUGAAAUAGCAUUGCCUGUUAGGGGAAAGGUUAUCCACUUCUACAGCAACAUUCCCUAGCUUUACUCAAGGAAUCUGCUGCCUUCAGUUUCUGUAGAGAAGUUGGGUGUGUGUGAGCAAGUAAGAGUUGCAUUCCCUUGAUGUGUAGAUGCUGUCGUCCUACACAUUCUUACAUGUGCAAAGAUGGCUCAGUGAUGGUGAAUUUUCCCCUGUACCUUGGUGGUUCACUUCCCUCCAAGCAGGCACUUCAAAUUGCUUGAGCUCAAUGUUCAAUUAUUUUAAAAUCAGAACUUCCUGUAUUCACACUAUUGCUUUAUUGGGCUGGUUUCCCUCUACCUUCUUGCCCGCCAUUCAGAUGUCAGCCUGACCUAAGAUCUGACACAUGCAAACUUUGCAUUGUGAAGGGGGAGCUUAGCUAAGUGGUUUCUGCUGCAGUUCCUACUGUUGCCACUUCACAAGAAUAAUAUAAUCCUUAUUGUGUGGGCGGCACUGGAUCUCUGCCUCCAGUAGUGCCUACUGGGAAGUAUGUGUGGCUUUGUAGGAGGGGGGUGAGAGGGAGGAAGGUGUUUCUGCCAUGCUUUGUUCCUUGUUUGCCUGCAAAUAAUUUGGUUGAACAAAAUGGGGUGGGGGGAUCACCUUGAAAAAGAAAGAAAAUAAGAGAAGAAAUUUGACAAGUGUUACUCAUAGUACAGUGGUACCUUGGUUCUCAAACUUAAUCCGUUCUGGAAGUCUGUUCCAAAACCAAAGUGUUCCUAAACCAAGGCACACUUUCCCAUAGAAAGUACUGUAAUGCAAAAUGGAUGAAUCCGUUCCAGACUUUUAAAAACAUCUAAAACAGCAAUUUAACAUGAAUUUUACUAUCUAACGAGACUAUUGAUCCAUAAAAUGAAAGCAAUAAUCAAUGUACUGUACUAUAAAAUAAAUAGUAUUGUAGAUGAUAAAAAUUAAUUUUUAUUUUCUUACCUGCACUGAUGAUAGUCAUUGUUUGAAUGGGGGCUUUUAUCCAUCUCUGCAGUCACACAAUCAGUCAGUCAGUCAGUUGCUGAACUGGGAUCCACAAAGUCACAAAAACAAAUUAACUGAAAAAGCCUCAAAACAGGAAACACAGGGGGACUCAAAACGGAGCACGUUUGGCUUCUGAAAAAAAGUUCGAAAACCAGAACACCUACUUCCGGUUUUGCAGUGUUCAGGUUCCAAGUUGUUCAUGAACUAAGCUGUUCGAAAACCGAGGUACCACUGUACUUGCAACUGGUUUUCAGAUGUUGCAUGUCUAUUGAGAACAUGUCUCUGAACUUAGUGGCAGCAAGAACAGAUCUCUGAUGUGAGUAGCUGUUCUGUAAAAAGAAAAAAUCCUAAUCCUGCUUCCUGCUUCCUGCUUCCUGUUGAGCAUUGGCUUCUAGCCUCUUGUGUCAGGAAGAACCAGGCAAAGAAGCGAUCGCAAGUCACGCUCCUGCGGGCUUCCUUGCUGCACAGACUUUUGGCAGCACAACCUGGGAGAGAGCCUUUGCACUGUUCCUCUUUGGAAUUUUUGCCGAAAAUGCGCACACUGCAGAUUUCUGUGACUCUUGCUUAUAUUGUACUGAUAGAUUGCUUGAUUUGCAAUUUGGCAUCUUUAGAAAAUCUGCGCUUGCAGCACAGGGCAGAAUAGACUCUUGGGCAUUCUCCCAAGAAUAUUCAUCCUGCCUCUAUGCACGUUUCGCAGUAUUUUCUGUCCCGCUGUGAUGGGAUCCUGAAACAUGAGCUGCUGUGCAGCAGAGGAGAGUAAUUCUUAAUGGGUGGCACAACACCAGAGGCAACCUUCGUCUCACCUCUUUACUGUUCUCCUGUACAUAAAUGGUUACCAUCCACUCCUUUGGGGAAAAGAUAGAAGUAUGACACUUAAAGAGAAUGUUGCAGCAAGGGCAAAACCUGCCUUCCUGCAUCAUUUUUGAUCAUGCUAGUGCUUUCUGAUUGGGAUCCUGCCAGGUUCCUUGUCGUUUACUUUGCAGGCAUUCCUUCUGUCAUAAUGAGGAGCUCUUUGUAGUCUUGGGGGCUAGACCACCCUGGUCCCCGAUGAAUUUUGGAGACCUGGUUGAAAACUCCCUUGGUUUGACCUGGAGUUUGUACAUAAAAGUUUUGCCUGAAAAUUCACUUUGUUGAUAGGCUUUAAGCUGCAGUGCUUUGAUGCCAUCAUGGCUGUGGGAGAAAGCUGCUGGGUAUUUCUCUCUUCAGGGCUGCCUCCUUUUGAACCUUGCCGGUCGUGGUUAAUGUAUGCAAGCAACUGUUUCUGGAAAAUGCUUUUUGUGUGGUGCCAAAGUUCUUGCCAAGGAGACUGCAUAGGAUGAUAAGGCAAAAUGUAGAUGAAGUUGGCAAGAGGCAGUGCUCUUGCUCUGCUCAAAGUUAUCGCACCUGUUUUCUUUUGUUUGGAGGCCCUUCAGAAACCUGAGGUGGGGUUCCCCUUCAGGGGGAUUUCCCUGAAAUAGGGUGUAACUUUGCUUCAAUCCUUUGAAUGCUAAAAAGAUGAUAGAGAAGGAAGCUUGGUAUAUGCCCUCCUUUUCCCCCAAGACUUCAACUUGUAAUAAUUUUAUUUGUUUGGCAUUGACAAAAAAGUGGAGGGGCGCAAUUUUUGCAACCAUUUCUUUAGGAGUGGUCAAAAGGGUGUAAAAUGUUAUUGGGGCACCACAUACUGUGGAGGCUCCUUUGCUUGUACAGUGGUACCUCGGGUUACAUACGCUUCAGGUUACAUACGCUUCAGGAUACAGACUCCGCUAACCCAGAAAUAUUGCUUCAGGUUAAGAACUUUGCUUCAGGAUGAGAACAGAAAUUGUUCUCCGGCGGCAGCAGGAGGCCCCAUUAGCUAAAGUGCUUCAGGUUAAGAACCGUUUCAGGUUAAGAACGGACCUCCAGAACGAAUUAAGUGCUUAACCCGAGGUACCACUGUACUGCAUGCCUCUUGCUAUGCUGAGCUUGAUGCAGCACAACAAACUGGUAUGGUUUUAUUCCUCCAUUUACACCCCACUUUUCUUCCAAGGAACUCCUAGAUGGGGUGCAUGGUGUUUUAGGGUGCAUGGUCUUCCCAUCCAGGCAUUGCCUAGAAUGGACUUGGUUGGCUAAAACAAUGCUGCCUUGUCUUCCAUCAACCAUGCAAUGGGGAAGUGUUCUUCUCCCUCACCUGUUCAGAGUGGGGCAAAGUGGUUGGUUAUGCGUGCUGUGAUGUCACAUCCACUAUGUGAUCUCUGAUAGGCUGGGAGCUAAAAUAGAAAGUGACACUGAAACAGCAGCAAAGAAGGGGAAACAUGGAUGUUCAGACACUUCCGAACAUCCAUGAAAAAGAGAUGGGAUUCAAGGGCUUUGUGUUGCUUUGCACGUUUGGAAGGCAUUUCUGAUGAAAUUAAACUUUAUGGCACAGAAUUUAGGCUUAGUUCCUAGUAUGUGGAAAUGCUAACUUGGAAGGAUGAUGGGGUUUGAGGAAAAGGAAUAGAAGCCGUCAAGUAACAUUUAGUGUCCUCAGGUGGGUGGAAAUUUGCGUUAAUGGUUGUUUUUUUAAAAAAAAAUACAUUACACGACAACUCAGUGCAAGUUUAUUAGUUGAACCUCAAGAAAAACAAUGAUGGCUCUGAAUUCUUAACAUGCUAAGAUUUCAGUUCUGUUCACACUUACCUGGAAGUAGAUCUCAAGUAAGUUGAGCUUCAUUUUGAAUAGAUUUCCAUAGAAGUGCACUAUAAUUUUAGCAUGUCCAAAGCUCUGUGCAUUAAAUACAUAGGCAUUGCCUAAGUUUAAUAAUAUUGGGGGGGGGGAUUGCACACCACAGCUUCUAAAACUACCCAGUUUUAUAGGAUGUUCAUUGUUGUUAAUGUGGAAUGAUUCAUUUUUGGAAAUAAAACAUUUCUACUGGAAAACAUAGGUUGGAAAUCUUUCUGCCCCACGUCACUGAACAGCACUGGUAUCUGGCAGUAACACAGUUUAGCUCAGCUUGGUGUAUGAUCUCGAACUUAUUAGCUUAGUGGAAGCCUUUGAGCACCAGUUUGUUUGCUGAGAUUGUACAGCAUGUCUUCUGCGGAACACCCAUAGGCUGCAGAGGAUUCUGGGCCAUAUUCUAGCUAUGCACUUGGUUUGUAUUGGCCAGUCUUGUUGAGCCUCACUGUUGCUCUGUAUGGAAGGGGUGGGGAAAACUGUGGCCCUCUGGAUAUGUUGUACUGAAAUUCCCAUUGGACCUGACCAUUGGCCAGUCUGCUCCAGCAAAGGCCGCAGGUUCCCCAACCCUCUUGUACAGGCUGCAAGCCCUCCAAACACUUAUUUGUUGUUACACAUUGCAGAAGAAAGCUACAGUGGUACCUCGGGUUACAAACACCUUGGGUUACAAACUCCGCUAACCCGGAAGUAGUACCUCGGGUUCUGAGCUUUGCCCCAGGAUGAGUGGCGGCAGUGGGAGGCCCCAUUAGUGAAAGCACAUCUCAGGUUAAGAAUGGUUUCAGGUUAAGAACGGACCUCCGGAACGAAUUAAAUUCGUAACCUGAGGUACCACUGUAGUUUGUUGUGAAUCUUGUCCACCAUCAUUAAUCUUUUCCCAGAAGAAUCCCGAGAAUAUUGGAGUUCUCUGGAAACAUAAAUACUUCUUCAUGUGGGAGAGCAGUCCGUAAACCCCUCUGUAUUUAAAUUCUGCCCUCUGUUGUUUUGAAUUAAAUGGUUUUGGAUUCCCACAGACAGAGAUGCCAGCAUUGGUAUCUGGGUUAUUUCAAGCAAGGUAUUGUCAGGUGCUGCAGGUAGGGUCUCCUCCAUUUGCUGGAUAUCUUGUCCUCUGUUAGCCGACUGGUGAUGCAUUAUUCAAGAUGCAGGCUAUGCGUGUCUGCCUCCUUUGAGCCUCAAAGUGACAAAUGAAACCUGCAUCCCUGCUCACUUUCAGCAUGGGCAGUUGGCUUUGGUAACCGUCUGUUGCUCUGGCAAUGAAACGGUCUGUGUAAAAGAAAACUGGCCUCUUUUCCGCAGUGUACCUGCUGUGGAAAAACCUCUCCAUCUGCAUGUAUACUUGGUACCUUCCUGUACAUCUGCCUCCUUGUGUGGAGGAAUAUGUUGUUCCAUGUUCUGUAGAGUCUGUCCAGAACGGUUGUAGAAGUGGUUUGGAGAUUAUCGUGUUGAACUUUAAGCUGUUUUCACUUUGCAACUAGAAAUCUGAGAAGACAAGCUAUUUAUCUGGUUCCCUCUGACAAAUUACCCCAAAAAACCUACCUACAGGUGGAUCAGGCAGGAAGCUCUUUUAAUUUGUUUCCAGAGGAUCCAAUAAAAUAUUAUAAUGUUCCAUCCAAGUCUCAGUCCAGUAGCCUCUUUUUAGCCACAUUCAUGACAUAAUUUCUCACACAUCAAGUUAUGAGGCAGAAAAUUGUCUCUAAAUGGGAAGAGGGUUUUAUGCUCACAGACUUCCUGUGUGCUGCAAAUGACUGACACUGACAUGUGCAAGCAGGUAAACUAGAUAAAAAUUUAGUAGUUCAGUAGGUGACUGAAUACUGUAACCUUAACUGAGUUGGUUUAUGCAGCAGGGAGCUUUAGGCUUAUGUUAAUACACUGGAGAGUUAAUAAUGACUCUUGAAACAUAAGCAGUUAUGGAUUAAAGAUAUAAAAAACUAGGCUUCUAGAAUGUAUUUUUGUUUUCAGCAUAUGCAAACAACUCUGCACAUCAGCAGAACAAAACAUAACAUAUCAAGGAAAACAAUAUCCAGGGUUAAUAUUUGAGUUAAUGAUGAGUUAAUAUUUGAACUUCUAUUCUUUGACAGUCUUGCAAGGCUGUUAUGAGUAAAUAGAAGAAUCAUGACAAUGUCUAAAUGUCCAGUCAAAUAUAAAACACAUUACCGCUCUUGAUCCAUUUCCCAAGACUUGAAGUCCUUUUCUUUGGUGUGAGUCUUUAAGAACACUGCCUACCUUUGCCCUCUCCCAAAGCCUUUGAAAGGCGGGUUCAAGUACCACGUCCAAGCAUUGUUGCUUGUUGAAAAUCUAGGCUCUUUGAAGCCAUGAGAGGGGAAAGCUAAAAUACCUGCAGUACUUCAUUAAACUGUGUUGUUUUAAAUUGUUUAAAUAUUUUAUAUUGUCCUUUGGUAAAUACUCUGAGGGGGCCUUAGAUGUAUUUCAUGCUUCCAGAACAUGAAAUACAACUUACUGUUUAUUAUUUUUAUGCAAACCAUAUGUCAAACCAAAUACACCCAGUACUGGAAGGAAAGCUACCAGUUCCUGCCCCCUUUAGAUUCCAAAUUAUAGCCACUUAGAAUUUUGUUUACUAUUUUUAUAUUUAUAUACUGGCAUUAAGCAGUAUAUAAAUAACUAAUAUAGUGAUACCUCGGGUUACAUACGCUUCAGGUUACAGACUCUGCUAACCCAGAAAUACUACCUCGGGUUAAGAACUUUGCUUCAGGAUGAGAACAGAAAUCGUUCAGCAGCGGCCACAGGAGGCCCCAUUAGCUAAAGUGGUGCUUCAGGUUUAAGAACAGUUUCAGGUUAAAAACGCACCUCCAAAAUGAAAUAAGUUCUUAACCCGAGGUACCACUGUAAUGGCUUUGCAGUAGUGUGAAUUUAUUGUAACAAUAUUUUUAAAACAAUACUUCUAACAUAACUGUGAUUAUUCUAAAACUUCAUGAGUUUUUGUCUGUUUUACAAGCCCUCACCCUUUCCCCAUUCAUCCCUCAGUAAAAACCAGGGUUCGAAAUUAGCGGGCGCCCUUCGCAAUUUGCAACUGGCAACCAGCCUUUUGUAACUGGUGGAGAUAUCCAGGCACCACUUGCCUGGCUGGGUCAUUCAGGGGGGUCUUCAGGGUAGUGCAACAGCAAAAUACCCAGGUCCCAGGAAUCACAUGGCUCCUGGCAUUCCUAUCCCAGUUUCUGACACUGGUGAAAACCUCCCACCCCAUGGAUUUUUCCAGUUUUCCUUCCCAUAUUUCUUAAAAUAUGGGCUUAUGUGCAGCAGAUUGCAACCUAGCUGUUCCAGAACCUGUCUUUAAAAUGUGGGUGAAGUCUUGUCUGUGGAACUAUUUGGGGUCAAAGGCUUUAUGGGUCGCAGCCUUUAUAUUGCAGAGGAGGGCUGUUGGAUGGUCUUACCCUAGCUAGCCAAGGCCAUUCUUGACAAUAUAGAGACAAAUCUCUAUUCUGUCACUUGGCACAGAAAAGUUCACAUUUUAUUCACUUGAUCUCGUCGUUCAUCCCCCGAGUAAUUCACAAUGACAUAUGUCUUACUUUAUGAGAUCCUUUUAUCCAAAAAGGCGCUCGCAAGAAGAGCUAUGGAAAGUGAAAGGUACUAGCAGCAGGAUCAUCUGCCAUCUAAGAUUGCUGGCUGUGCUCUUCAUGCCACCCACUUGUUGUGUGGUGGAACACAUACAGGCAUGUUCAGCGCCUUUUUUACUUCUGGAGAUCAUCUAAACUCUUCCUGACUAUUCUCUUACCUUCAUAUUAUGACUCCCUAUAUUAAUGACAGUCUUGUGGCACCUUAAAUGACCAACAGAUACUGUAGUAUAAGCCUCCCUGGUCUACUUCAUCAGAUGCAUCACUUAACAUCCUCUAUUGGUGGGAAUGAAAAUAUACACGUAUGGGCAUAAAGUGCAGAGAUGUUAUUCAUCUGAAGUGAGUUUCAGUACAGGAAAGCUUAUUUUACAUAAAGUGUGUCCUCUAGAGCCACAUUUCCUAACUUGGGAUGGCCUUUAGAUGCUGUUGGACUACAACAGCCUUUUCCAACCUACUGUUAUCCAGAUAUUUUGGACUCCAACUCUCAUCAGCCGCAGCCAGCAUGCUGUGCUGACUGAGGCGGAUGGGAGUUGGGAGUACAAAAUAUCUGGAGGGUAGCAGGUGGACAGAGGCUGGACUUUCAGCUCUCACCUGCCCUGAUCAUUGGAGGUGAUGGGAGUCCACCAACUUCUGGAGAUUUCCAGGUUGGGGAAGGGCGGCUUGGAGAAUUUGGGCUACGAAGUGAAUUAAGUAAACCUUGUUAGCUUCCAAAAUGCCGCAGCACUCUUUGUAUCUGCUCUUCCAAUAGCUAUCUCUGCAGAAGCUAUCAACUACAGUGGACGCUUGGGUUGCGAACGUGAUCCCUGCGGGAGGCACGUUUGCAAUCCACAGCGUUCGCAACCCACAGUGGCGCAUCAGCAUUCGCAACCCGCAUCGGCGCAUCUGCACGUGUGCGGGUUGCGAUUUGGCGCUUCUGUGCACGCGCAAAGUGCGAUUUAGUGCUUCUGCACAUGUGCAAGCACCGAAACCUGAAAGUAACCCGUUCCAGUACUUCCGGGUUUCGGUGCAUCUGUAACCCGAAAACGCGCAACCUGAAGCGUCUGUAACCCAAGGUAUGACUGUAUAUUAAUGGUGCAAGUUGUUCACUGGGUCCAGUAAUGCUCUUCUGAAGGCAAGUUGCUGGAAGCUACAGGAGAGGAGUGUGCUCUUGCGCUUGGGUCCUGUUUGCCGGUUGCAAGCUGGUGGCCCCUGUGAGAACAGGAUCCUGGACUGGAUGGGCCAUUGGCCUGAUCCAGCAAGCGCUUCUGGUGUUCUUAUGCAAGCCACAGAAGUUAACAGUUACACGAAGCCAAAACGCAUGUUGAGCUUUCCUAACGAAACAGAAGGUGAAGAGGAAGUGUGAAGUCAGGUGAGACCUGAACGCAGGCCAAAGUGGGGGCAGGCAGAACAGCAGGUGUGCAGAAAGGAGCAGAAGCAGGAAUGAGAAUGGGCAAAGAGAGAGGUUCAGAAAGAGACUCUUUUGAAAGGCAAGGAAGGUAGGAGCCCUUGUAUGGUUCGGAAAUCUAUACCUUUGCCUGCAGAAGGUGAAUUGAGUAUUAAAAGAACUACGUAAGCAGUGCCAUCCUCUUUCAGGAGGAAGUUAAAAUUUGUUGCAGCUUACACACAGAAGGGAAUACAGGAAUGCUUACACAAUGUACCUUAUAUGGCGCAGUGUCAAACAAAGAAAAAAAAAUCCCUGCUCCACCUCUCUGACAGCGGCCAAGAGGAGGGUGGGGCAUUGAUGGGGCCCGUCCUGCAGUUAGGAGGUUCCUGCUUGUUCUGAGAAUGGAGUUAAAAAAUCUGGAUUUUAACUGCUUUGUUCUCAUCCAGGAAGAAAGUGCCCCAGGUUCCAAAAGUAUGGAACAUAGUAGGUUAGGGGAAACUUUCAGCGUGCAAAAAAAUGUGUCUACUGUGCAGUCUUUGGAAGAUAAACAUGUGGCAGGAGGACGGGGCCCAGUUUUCUCUCCAGUAACAGAACAAUGGCCAGCAUCCGGUUGUGUGCUAUGAAAUCUGGCGAAAAAUGCUGAGAAUGCAGCACUGUCACUUCCUCCUGGAAGGUGACAGCUCAGAGGCUUUUCUAGCAAAAUAUGCCAACUUUUCUCCUGGAAGAAACCCAGUGGCUUGCUGUUGUCAGCAUCUUUUGUUCCUUAAUUGUCAUCUGCGGAGGUUAAUUGAUAGAAAUGCCUUCCUUACACAUUGGUCUUCAUAAUUCACUCUUGCCACAGCACUUCUAAUGGCGUUUGAGGGAAAUGGUCCUGGGCUCUUCAGCUUACAUUAUAGCAGGUAAAAAGCUUGGUGCUCCCAGGCUGGUUACAUAGUGUUAAGCAAGGUGUUGCUCAAGAGUAAAGGUAAAUGGAAUGUAAUUAUCCAAAUAGCAGAGUAGGUACAAAAUGGCCUCCUGGGAGGUUAGGGAAACCUUUCUGGCUUUUAAUGCAUACUUACAGCAAAACAAGCGAGCGUGUGUGUGUGUGUGUGUGUGUGUGUGUAUAUCACACACAUUUGUACAGAACUUGCAUCCUUCACCUUCUAUAAAAUACAUAUCCACAAGCAUUAAGAACAAAAACCUUGAUGCAUCACUAGAAUGAAGAACCAUAAAAUCUUUUUUGUUACAUAGUGAACACUAAACACAUUUUGGCCAUGCUGCCUGCCAUAACAGAACUAUAGGACAGAUCCACACCAUAAAUUUAGACCACAGGGCUUUCUCCUAAAUAAUCCUAGGAACGGUAGUUUGUUCAGGGUGCUGGGAAUUAUAGCUUUGUAAGGAGAAAAUGUAAUUUCCGGGAUUCUUUUGGAGGGGGAGGCAUGUGGUUUAAAUGUACAUGUAUGGUAUAGACCUGCCCAUGGUAUGGAAGUGGUGUCACCACUUGAAAGCCUGACACUCGAGUGCUGGUGGAAUGCUGUCUUUGUUGUCAUCUUCUAGCAUGGGACUGUCGUCAUACAAAUACUUCUAUUUUUGCCCUCUAUAUGGAUAUGGUAAUACCAGGCUUAAGUGAUGACAGCCACUGAUUCACCAGGCGGAAUAGGCUUAUUCUUAUUCUACUUCUGUGGGAAGUAGUAAUUGUGAUAAAGGUAAAGGACCCAUGAUAGUUAAGUCCAGUCGCAGAUGACUCUGGGGUUGCAGCACUCAUCUCGCUUUACAGGCCAAGGCAGCUGGCGUUUGUCUGCAGACAAUUUUUCAGCGCACUGAAACGUCGUUUACCUUCCCACCGGAGCGUUACCUAUUUAUCUACUUGCACUUUGAUGUGCUUUUGAACUGCUAGGUUGGCAGGAGCAGGGACCGAGCAAUGGGAGCUCACCCCAUGAUGGGGAUUCAAACUGCUGACCUUCUGAUCAGCAAGCCGAAGAGGCUCAGUGGUUUAGACCGCAGCUAAACACAAAUUCAUGGUCACAACCUGUUUGGUGUAUGUUAAUGUGCAAAAUACCAUGGUUUUUUUAAAAAGUAUAUUAAGGAACAAGGUAGCCAGAUUGGUAUUAGCCUGCAGUUUGUAAUUAUGGGUGCAGUUGAUAGCAUUUUCCAAAAACGCUUUAUGGUUAAAAGAAAUAAAUGGUUUGAGAUUUUCAGGGAGCUGAAGAGACAGAUGAGGAAAAUGCUUGGGUGCUGUAAUAAUAGCAGCUUCCCUUCAGUUCCCCUUUGUUAUGAGAUGUGUGGAGGGGGGUGGGGACAGUACAGUACAGUGGUACCUUGGUUCCCGAAUGGCUUGGCUCCUGAACAAAUGGGCUCCUGAAUGCUGCAAACCCAGAAAUGAGUGUUCUGGUUUGCAAACGUUUUUCGGAAGCCAUAUGUUCAACAUGGCUUCCGCGGUUUCCGAUUGAGUGCAGGAAGCUUCUGCAGCCAAUCGGAAGCUGCCAUUUAUGUUUUUGAACCGUUUUGGGAGUCAAAUGCAUUAAGUUCAAGGUACCACUGUACUGAGCUAGAUGGACCAGCGUGAUUUGGUAUAAAGCAGUAUCCUAUGUUCCUAAAAGGAAAAAAAGAGAACCAGGGAGCAUUUGGGACAUAGUCUCUUAAGAUGGUGAGGAGAUCAGACAUGCUGCUGUGACCAAAUGAGAAAGCCAUGAGGUAUAUAGUCAGUUAUCUUGAUCACCAAGGAUAUUGUUUCCCUGGCUUGGGACCCAUGAUUCUUAAGAUAUGCUUGUGCAGAGCUUGCAGGCAUUUGAUAGAAUCCUGAUCGUUCUUUGUUUCUCACCCUUAAUUUGGAGGAAAAAAGUGUUUUUAUUGAUGGAACUUCAGCUUGCUCACCUGUGUGAUGGAUUGCAGUCACUGCCUGCAGCUGUUUGUCCCAACACCAUUGACCAAGGGUGUCUCCUGACAUUGGUUCUGCAAAAAAAUGACAGGAUUGCUUAUUCUAGCAGAUGGCUAUAAUUAAGGUAAAUCUGCCUUGCUUUGUUGCUUAAGUGCUGUGGCUAAGCUAGGUCUUUGCUCAGAUAACUGUUACCAUCUGCCACACUUUGGCCUGUUAUAAGUAGCCAAUGAGAUUAAUAAAACAUGGAUUUCCAUAAAUUUGUGUAGCCAGUUCAGCCUUUAAAAGGGAGUGAGCUGGAAAAGAGAAUAGAAGAGAUGGGAGACAGGUGCAGAUGAGAUCUCUUUAAUAAUGUGAUUUGUAUUCCACACUUGCAACAAACCCCAGAUAAAGUGACUUGUGUGAAGCUAACCAAGUGUAUACACCAAACUUUUUUUAAAAAAAGUUGGUGCAGGAAUCAUACUCUUUUCCUUCAGAACAAGUGCAGAGAACAUUUAUCCUUCUAGAUGUUGCUGAACUACAACUCCCAUCAUUCCUGUCCAUUGAUUGUGCCCUGUUAGGGCUGAUGGGAGUUAAAGUUCAGCAACCUCUGGGAAGACCAAAUGCUCCCCACACACCUGUUUCAGCCUAAAGAACCAUUGUGUGCAUCUAAAGAAAGAAGUACUCCUGGCAGAUAUUGUACCCCGCCCUGUGAGCCAAAAUGGCUCUUAGAGCAGUUUACAAAAAAGAAAAAAACAAAACAGUUCUGAGAUGGUCCCUGUCCUAAGGUCUCAGGCACACAAGGAAAAAAGGAACAGGAGGGAGAAGGGAAAAGCAAGUUCAGGCAACAGUUCAAGUUACAUUCACAGCCUGUGUGAGUGGCGGUUCUGGCUGCUUUGCCCUUGUAAAGAGCAGUCCUACACCAGAAGCACUUCUGCCACCAGACUAGAUUCAGCAGCAGAUCUGAUGAACCCCAGGACAGGGCAGUUUCUGCAACACAGUACUUUCCUCAGACAAGUCCUUGGCCAAGUGGAGUCAGUCAGUCAAUGAAGCAUGUUGAAAGUAUGAGCGAGAAUAUAAAAAAGCGAAAGACGGUUAAGGCAGUGUUGCAUUUCAAGGCAGCAUAUUUCAUUUGAGCCCGGAUAGCAAUGCUGGUUUGGCACGGUCGAUUUAGCGAAGGGAGUGGUGCAUUACUAAUAGCUUGUGAAUGGUUACUCGCAGAGGUGUGGCUUUACAACAGAACUUGACGGCGCAGUUGUAGACAAGACGCUUGUGGGGAGCUGAAAUGGAAGAUAAGGCGUAGCAGUGCAUGAAUUCGUUUCCCUUCUCUCUGUGUUAUAUCAAAGUGGGCAGCCUACCCUACUGCUCCUGAGGCAUGAUCUUUGAGGCUGCUCUCAGAUUCUUAAGAAGCCUAGCUUAAAAAAAAAAAAAAAAUCAACAUGCUUCUAGUUCAGGGGUAGGCAACCUAAGGCCCAUGGGCCACAAGCGGCCCACGGGGAUUGAUUAACCAGCCCAUGAGCCGUCCCCAAAAUGAGCCGCCUGCUUGGCGAGUCCCCGCGUGCUGUGCUAAAGUGGCGCAGUGCAGUGCUGGGACUCGCUUCCAUGGCGCUGAAAAUCGCGUCUGCGCAUGUGCGGACGCCAGAAAUCGCGUCAAUGCAAAUGCCGGAAAUCGCGUGCGUACACACACGCACUCACACUCCAGCCCACGGAGGGAAUCUCUGCUGGAGUGAACCGGCCCAGGCGAGGUAAACCCUGUGGACCUCUGUUCUAGUUGAUGUGGUGAUUCGUGUUGGCUCUGCUUAGGUCCGGUAGACCCAUGUUUGAGCUGGUGCAAGACUAUGUAUGAAGUUCACUGAUGUGGCCCUCCAGGGCUGGCAAGGAUAAAACUAAUUCUCAGCGGAAUAGAAAGUAUAAUUGAUUAUCCUUUUAGCUACUGUAGUGUCUGACAAUGUGGUGGUGUUUUGUUAAACACUUAAUCUUUCAGUUGGUUUUAUUAUUGUUGUUUUGCAGUCAGCUUUUGUUUGUUUGUGAACCUACCUCAGUAUAUAUAUAUUCUUGAAGUGAAAGGCGGUGUAUAAAUUGCUGUAAUAACAGAACAAUCUAAACCUCUAAACCGGUUUACAUAAAGACGUGAAAUGAGCAAUCUGAAUGAAACGGUGUUUAAAAUGUCUUAAUUUGGGGGCUGACGAGAAUUGCUGCGUGAACUGAGGAAAAGGUGGUGUAGAGUUAGAGGCUGGGAAGGAGUCUUCUGGUUGGGCGUUGGACUGGGGGCACGGAAAACCUGGGAGGCUCACUGGAUGGCUUGGUGUCUUCUGUCUGUCAGCCUCGCCUACCUUACAGGUUGUGAGACUUGGCUGGAGGGAGACACACCAUGUGUGCUGCCUUGACCAUGGGAGACGAACACUAUAUCAAUGCAGUAAAUCUGCCCUUCAUCUUUCAACCUGGCAGAUCCAAAACCACAGCAAAUGUGGCAUGUAAGUCGCAUUCACUUUGACCUUCCCUCUCACUCGGAUGUGUUUUCUGAUGCAGCUUUUAGCGCCUGCCCCUGUUAUAGGUGACCUGCUUCAGAGAUAUGGUGCUCCUGCAGAAACACCCCGACUAUUAAAAAGCUGAUAAUGGGCUUGAUAUCCUUGAAGCACAGCAGAUGAUUAUCCCUGUGAUGCAGAUCUGAGAUGGGUUUGUCUUGUCAUUGCCGUAUAUUUGCUCCCCCCCCCCCCCCGACGAUAGUCCUUGUUCUAUAUAAAAACCAUACUUCCACGCCAGAGGCAAUGAAUGUUCUUGAAUUUCUCCCCCAGAUAGCAGAACAAAUACAGCUCUUGUUUUGUUAAACAGCUAUUUGUACUGCAGUAUAAACCCAUCAGAGUUUUAUGUGAUGUAGCUUUGAAUAGAACAGUCACCAUUGGACAGAAUUGAGCUAUUGCCAUUUUUGUGCUAGGGUUUACCCACUUACAUCUAGGGAGAAAUUUCAACCCAGUAAGCCUUAGAAACAUGUGCAUUGUGGUAGAGCAGAGGUUGGGGGACCUUUUACAGUUUGGGGGCCCCAAUUCUCCUUAGAAAAUCUUCUAAAAGGUAGAAGUGGCACUGGAGACAAAAUGGAUGGCGCUAGAAGUAAUUGGGGCUCUUACCUUUGCACAGUGGGUAACAUUCCAGCUAGGCAAAAGCCAGAGAUGUUGACACCCCCUACACACAGACGCACACUGCUCCCUGUCCUCCAUACAGGCAAGCAGGAAGCAUUGCCACAGUUCAAGGACACAUUCAAGCCACAGAACUGUAGUCAUCCUAGAGGAUGCAGAUGCAGAGUACGACUGGGGUGGUGUUGGCCUGAUGAGGGGAUGUGACAUAGGGAGAGUCCUUGAGGGCCACAUAGAGAAGCGUAGAGGGCCAAAUUUGGCCCCCUGGCCCUGAGGUUCCCUGUAUCUGUUGUAAGGAGGAAAGUAACAGGACGGCUUUGUGGGGUGUGGGGGUCUUCGGUGUGUAGCCUCACAUGGGACUCCUACGGCUCCACAACGUAACUCUGCAGCCAUUACAGAAGAGAAGCACAGGAGUGGCACACCCUGUCUUUAUCGGAGGCUACAAGGAAGGACACAGUUGAACUGGGAAGGUGGAGCCUUUAUUGUGGCGGAUGAAAUGCCACUGAUAAUAAGGGAGGGCGGCACACAAGGAAUUCACACCCUCUUGAUGUUCCAUGAGGUUUUCACAGGAACGAUUGUGAAGAUUGUGAAAAGCAUCUGCUCCCCCCCCCCGCCCCCAAGAGCUAACCUUAAGGAGCAGAAUAGAGAACUUUUAUACUUCUGAAGGUGUCUGUGAAAAUGGCUGGCUCUUGCAAAACUCUUGCUUCCAGUCUUUGCCCCCCCUUAUCUGGCUUGUGAAUGAAUCAUUCUUUCUUGGUAGUUUACUACACUGUUGCACAAGUGAGGAACUGAAAGUGCACCGAGUCCUUGGGAAGAGCUCUGCAGAAGAGCUGUCCUUUCAAAAAAAAAAAAAGAGGAGCUAACCGUUCUAGGCUCUCUUGCUGGUUAAACAUGGCUGUCUCUCAUUUCCUCCCAAGGAGCUCAGAAUGGUCUUCAUUCGCUUUUGCCAUACCCAGCUGCACUCCAGCUGCUGUAGGGCUCCUCCAGCUCCCAUCACCCCGAUCAUUGGCCAUGCUGGCUGGAGCUUAUGAGAGUUGAAGUCCAACAGCACCUAGAGGACAUCAGGCUGGGGCAGUCUGAUCCACUGCUCAAGAGCUAGCCUGCUGUAGUGUCUAAGACUGAAGUACAAAUCUGCUUUGAAUUCCCGCCUCUACCAUAGGGUAGGUACCUAGGCAGAAAUUGAGAUAUGAAUGCUAGGAGCUGUUGCACCUUAACCUAGGUUAUGGGUGCAACAAGAAUACAUAGCUGAAAAUGAACCAACUGCAGCUAAAAUAUUAUGUUCCUUUUUCACAUGGUCUAGUCCCUAGCCCUAAUAUUCUUAAGAGGGUCUCGUCUCUUCAGUCUUCAGAGAGUAGCUGGAAGUGGGGAGGCAGAAAAAGGUCCUCCUUUCCUUCCACUCUACAGUUUUAAUCUGAAAUCUUAGGUGCAGUACUGCGCCCAGAGCUCAGAAACCGUUCACGCUAAUGAAAUUCCCUGUCGCAAAAUGCGCCUAUAACAAUGGGAGUUUCAAACGCUGUACCUAGGUGGCCUUAGCGCAGGUGUGUGGGUCCUUUGGCCCAUCAGAAGUUGCUGGGCUGCAGCUCCCAUCAUUCCUGGCCACUGGCCAUGCUUGUGAGGGCUGAUAGGAGUAGAAGUUCAGCAGCAUCUGGAGGACCAAGAGUUCCCCAUUCCUGCCUUCAGGGCUCUGAGGCCAAGAGUAUGGCUUCCUGUCUAAGAACAUAAGAGCCUUCUGGAUCAAGCCAAAAGCAAUCUCAUCCACCACCCCGGUCUCACAGUGGUCAGAUAGGUGCCCUAAUGAGAAGUGCACAAGCUUGUGUUUCCCAGCAGCUGGCAUUCAGAGGGGUUCCACAUCUGUAUUGGGAUAAUACUAACUUACCUUGCAGGGCUCUUGAAGCAUUUUUAAUUCUUUGGAUCCUUGUGAGUGCUAUACAAAUGUUAAGUAUAUAUGCAUCCUCUCUAGAACUCCUGAGGUGGAGAGGGCAGAGAGUGACUUGCUCAGGGUUACCCAUGAGCUUCCCAGCUGGUUAAACAGGGAUUUGACUCAGUCCCUCCAUUAUAAGACAUAACAGUGCGACUCAAACAUGUUGCUUUUGAAAACGAAGCGUAGUUGUGUGUGACACACACACAGCCUCCUUAAAUUUCCCUGUAACACUCUGCAGAAGUGAAAAUCAAGUUGAAACAGGAAAAUGCGGUUUGCUUAGUAAUUGCUGCUUAAAUGGCUUUGCUUGAGCUCUGCCCAUCCCUUGUGCAAUGUUGUUAGUGUUAACUUGGUCUCUUCAGCUUGGAGUAGUGGUUAGAGUGCUGGACCAGGACUUGGGAAAUCAGGGUUCAAAUGCCCACUCAGCCAUAGAACUGAGUGGAUGGCCAUGGGCCAGUCACUCCCUCUCAACUAACAUACCUCAAAGAAUUGUUGUGAGGAUUAAAUGAGGAGAACCAUGUAUGUCACUUUGAGCUCCUUGGAGAAAAAGUUGGGGUAUAAAUUCAUUCCUACUUUCAGGGGAGGGACAUGGGUGGCGCUGUGGGUUAAACCGCAGAGCCUAGGACUUGCCGAUCAGAAGGUCGGCGGUUCAAAUCCCCGUGACGGGGUGAGCUCCCGUUGCUCGGUCCCUGCUCCUGCCAACCUAGCAGUUCAAAAGCAUGUCAAAGUGUAAGUAGAUAAAUAGGUAUCGCUCCGGCGGGAAGGUAAGCGGCGUUUCCGUGCGCUGCUCUGGUUUGCCAGAAGCAGCUUAGUCAUGCUGGCCACAUGACCUGGAAGCUGUACGCCGGCUCCCUUGGCCAAUAAAGCGAGAUGAGCGCCGCAACCCCAGAGUUGGUCACGGCUGGACCUAAUGGUCAGGGGUCCCUUUACCUUUACCUUUACUUUCAGGGGACCAUUUCCACAUGGACUUACCUGUUGGGGAAGCAGUCCAUGUUAGAGAGUAUGUGUUUGUGUUAGGUUACACAUUCAUUGUAUGCAGUGGGAAAACUUGUUUUUAUUGUCUGGGAGUGGCCGCCGAGACCAUAUAACACUGGUUCCUGAAAGAUCUUCAUUGGCUCCCAGUACAUUUCCGAGUACAAUUCAAAGUGUUGGUGCUGACCUUUAAAGCCCUAAAUGGCCUCGGUCCUGUAUACCUGAAGGAGGGUCUCCACCCCCAUCGUCUAGCCUGGCCACUGAGGUCCAGCUCUGAGGCCUACUGGCGGUUCCCUCGCUGCGUGAAGUGAGGUUAUAGGGAACCAGCCAGAGGGCCUUCUCGGUAGUAGCGCCUGCCCUGUGGAACGCCCUCCCAGCAGAUGUCAAGGCAAUAAGCAACUAUUUUACUUUUAAAAGACAACUGAAGGCAGCCCUGUUUAGGGACGUUUUUAAUGUUUGAUGCUGUAUUGUUUUUAAUAUUUGGUUGGAAGCUGCCCAGAGUGGCUGGGGAAACCCAGCCAGAUGGGUGGGGUAUAAAUAAUAAAUUAUUAUUAUUAUUAUCAUUAUCAUUAAUAUUGUUAUUAUCAUCCAGAGUUUAAGGGUGGCAUUCAACUAAGUUUUGCCCAUUGAAAUUAAUGCAUGUGACCAAGAGUCAGUGUGGCAUAGUGGAUAGAGUGUUGGAUUAGGACCUAGGAGCCCGGGGUUCAAAUCCCUGCUCCGCCAUAAAACUCACUGGGUGACCUUGGGCGAAUCACAGCCUCUCAGCCUAACCCACAUCUCAGAAUUGUUGUGAGAAGAAAAUGGGGAGGAAGAGAACCAUGUAUGCCCUCUUAAGCUCCUCGAAGGAAAGGUGAGAUAAAUGCAAUAAGUAAUAUGCAAGUUAGUUAUAUUGAUUUUAGUAAUCACCCAAAGCCUUUGUGCUUAGUUCCUGUUGUUGCAGAGGCGAUUUAAUUACGUUUGAAUAACAUUGUGUCAGUGCUGCCACUUUUUACACCCUGGAGCAGAAGGCCUUUUGGGACUCGCCAUUUACUUUCCCAGGUACCUUGGGCUCUCAACACUCUGCAAACAGGACCAGCAAUUAUAUUUCCUAUCCUGGUUUUGUUCCACAGCAACCAUGCUUCACUGAAUGAUUGUGCCCCAUCCCUCAAUUACAAAACCAUGCAGGAGAAACAUUUACCCGCAGGAAUGAAAAACUAGGAAGGAAGCUUCUGUAGAACUUUCUUUUGCAAUCUUGCUGGCCUUGAACUACAGCACAUUUAUCGGGCUCCAAGACUUUUUUUAAAAAAAGAUUCCUACAGUUCAGUGCUGACCUUGAAACUUGUUCACGUGCAUAAUGCUCUGUUUCUCUCUCUAUCUAAUUGGAGACCCUGGAUUCUUUGUAGAUGGGACCUGGGCAAAUAAAAAGCAACAAACUAAUUGGCCAGGGUGGUUGCCCAGUUUGCAUUAGGCACAUGAGGCUUCUGUUGCGCAACCCUUUUUAGCUCUCCCUGCAAAUCCCACUUGCCAGUUGCUGGUGCAACACACUAGUGCAAACAACAUGGCCAAAUGCAUCCCUCAAAGAAUCGGUUAGUACCCGCUGAAGAAGAGGCCUCAGUGUCGUAACCCCCGCAGCGUUUCCUUCGGCUGUUCAACAAGUGCUGCUGCAAUGCCCACUUCUGCAUCCAGCCUUCUCUUAAAACCCUUCCAUGUUGGCCUAGCUUUCUAGGCACUGAUUUGCAUGCUUUGUCCAUGCCUUUGAAGAAAAACUGGCUUGCUGUCAUCUUAAGACCUUGGGACCUGGCAGCUGUUUUCGUGAGCUGAAUAGAAAUGGCUAUUUGGUCGUAUUCUGGUGUGUGGAAGUGGAGCACUGUGGUCUAGACCAGGCAUAGGCAGAUGUUUUGGACUACAAUUUCCAUCAUCCCUGACCACUGGUCCUUUUAGCUAAGGAUCAUGGGAGUUGUAGGCCAAAACAUCUGGAGGGCCGAAGGUUGUCUAUGCCUGGUCUAGACCAGCCUUCUCCCAACCUGGUGCCUUCCUAAUGCUGUUGGUUUCCAACAACUCCCAUCAGCCCCAGCCAGCAACGGCCCGUAGUCAGGGAGGAUGAGAGUUUGAAGUUCAAAACAUCUGGGCAGCACUAGGGCUGGGAGGAAACUGUUUUAGAUGCCGUUGCACUAUAAAACCCUCUUCAUCUUCGUGUUCAUUGGAGGUUGCUCCUGACCAGGUGUGCACUGGAUUACAGGUUUACCUGCACAGUACAUAAGGGAUGCAAUUUGAACUGGGGAAUGUGCCCUGGAGCACAGCAAAGCCUCUUUUAUGGCUGUGUAUUUAGAAGGGGAGAUAGGAUUAUUUUAUUUUUAGUGUUGCUUAUUAAAUUUGUAUCCAGCCCUACCUCCAAAGGGGCCAUGGGCAGAUUAGAUUUAUAUUCUGCCUAGUGAUGUGGGCUUUCUGGGAAUCCCUCCCCCCUCGCUCCAUCCCCAGUGUCCUAGAUCUGGGGUGUGUUUGACCACCUUAGGGUGAUGCACAUUAAAAACACAAAUAAGCAGCAGAUACAUUAAAACUAAAACAAAACAAAAUAGACUCUCAUGGCAAAGACCCUUUUAUCCAGCUGGGAAAGUGUGCUGGAACAUCUGUUUCUGGAAAGUGCAGCACUGGGCACCUUGGAUCUUGAAAGGAAUGCUGUUCUGCAUAACAGGAGCAGACAGUCUAAGAGUUACUACAUAGUGGGCUUCUGAGAUUUUUGGAACUUAGCAGAGACUACAGCAUCUUCCAUGGGGAUUAGGUUCUUGGCUGUCACACGCUAUAAGCAAAUUUGUGUAAAGCCAGGAACUCCCUGGAACUGCCCCCUCCAAAAAUGGAGAGCUGCUUGUCCAGCUUCAGGAAGGAGGUGCAAGGACUCUGACAGGGUCCUAGAGUUCUCCUUCCUCCUUUACAAAACCAGGCAAGCACAUGGUGCGGGUGGGAAAUAAAUGGAGAGUGGGUUUCCUGUGCUCUCCAUUUAUUUAUUUAUUUAUUCAUUCAUUCAUUCCUGCCUGCCUGCGCAAAGCAGUAAUCACAGAAGUUAAAAGUGCUUAAGUUUCGAGUCACCUGUACAGAAAUCUACUGGGUGCAUAAGCAAUAAGGUGGUCUCUUAAGUAGCUUGGUCUUCAGCUGUAAAAUAGGGACUUACCGUAUUUUUUGCACCAUAACACUCACUUUUUUCCUCCUAGAAAGUAAGGGGAAAUGUCUGUGCGUGUUAUGGAGGGAAUGCCUACGGGUGGCAUGCCUACGGAUUUUCCUCCUCUAAAAACUACGUGCGUGUUAUGGUCGGGUGCGUGUUACAGAGCGAAAAAUACGGUAAUAUGUUUGUAUCCCUGAUCUGUAAUAGGGACUUAUACGUUAGUACCAACAUAGCUGAAUUUGCAGAUGGCAGCCAGUGAAAUCCUGCAAGCAGGGUGUUUCUUAUAUGCUGGUGGUAGUCAGCCUCUGGAAGCGACCUGGUAUCUUCAUUCUGUGGGUGAUGCAAAUUGUGGUCCAGCAUCUUGCAGGUACCGUACUGGCUACCCCUGCAGUAGCUUGUGCUUGUUUUGACCAAAGCUCCUUUUGAUAGAAACAGGUGUACAGUGUAGUAAGCAAAAGAGUUAGGGAGUGGUACCCAUGACUUUAACUUAAAUUGUGAGUUCCAUUGAUGGCUUUAGGUUUUAUAGUGUUGAGGCAUUUCUGUGCCUGCAUACUGGGACGGGUGGCAAUUGCAUUAACAAUGGAAUGCUGUCUGAAAGAGCCCUACAUAUUGCUAUGGACUAUUCAUUGCCAUAGGUGGCUUUGUGGUACAUUCCAUAAACGUCUGAAGUUCUUGCCAACAUCUGAAGGGAAUACAGGAUGGAGCUCUUAGUGGCUCCCUGUAAUGGGCCAAAUGGAAGUGCUUGGAAUGUAAUCCCAGAGCAUUAUAAACCCUAUUGAGUUUUUAUGAGAUGUUGGCUAUGGGACUAUGAAUAAUUGAAUGACUUUGAACUCUCUUGUGUGUUUGCCUUCCAGCUCCAGAACCUGGGCAUUAACCCGGCUAACAUUGGCUUCAGCACUCUGACCAUGGAGUCUGACAAGUUCAUCUGCAUACGAGAGAAAGUUGGAGAGCAGGCCCAGGUGGUCAUCAUUGACAUGAAUGACCCCAGCAAUCCCAUUCGCCGGCCGAUUUCAGCUGACAGUGCAAUCAUGAACCCCGCCAGCAAGGUCAUUGCCCUGAAAGGUACAGGAAAUCUUUCUCAACGUAUUUCUCAAUUGGAGUUGAGCUUUUUAGAAACGUGUUUUAAGUUUCAAAAGGUGUACUGAUUUUUGUUGCCCUUACUAUUUUGUCAUUACUACUUUUUCUAUUCUUACAACUAUGAGAAGCUGUGGGUUACCAAACAUACACAGUAUUUAUUGAAAGCUAGCAGGGUUGAUGAGCUAGUGAAAUCCUUGAUGGCUUUUUCCAAUAUAAGGCUGGUUUGUGGUAUGGCUUCCAUCAAAAGCUCUGUUUAAAGUAAAUGAGCCUUGUUACUAAGCCCCCAAAGUUUCUAGCCAAUAAAAAAGAAAAAAAAAGAGUUGCAUGCUUCUUAGUUUACUUGGUUUACUUAGCUUGCUUUUUAACAAAAAAAGGGCUCCCAGAACAACUUAGAGAGAUAAGUAAUAGAACAGCCCUGGGACUCAUUUAUGAUUUAAACAACAGUGGCUAACCCAUGGGCUGUACCCAACUCCCUGAAAGUUUUUUGUUUGAUUCAUGAACCCCCCAGUUUGUCAUUAAAAAAAGAGGGUUUAAAUUACUGCCACUUCUGCAGUUCCCCUGCUAAGCUGCCAUUGUUCCAAAAGGGUUUUAAGCCCCCCCUUAAACUUUUUUUUUUAAAUGCUGAGUUGAAUAAUGAACUUAUAAAAUUUAAAAUUGAGUAGAAUAGCUAGUGGGUAGUCUUUUGGAAGGCAGCCUUGAGAGCUGCAUUUCUCACCACACCUUUGAUCGCACCUAAUUGGAGGUAUGGCUGCCAGAAGGUCCACCAUGGGUCAGUGUUGGGGAAAGGGGCUUCUCUUACUCCACAGCCAGAAUAGACACUGGGAAGGUUAACAAAGGGAGGAACAGACUGCCGUUUGCUCCAGCCUGCUCAUUCUCCUGGAAAGGAAUUUCAUGUGCUCGCCUGUCUGGAAUUCCUGAUCUCCCAUGGUGCCUAUGCUAGUGGUCAUGUGGAAAACUGGCGUGAUCGGUGCUUGUGUUCAUUUCCAGAGCACUGGAAGACCAAAGUUUUGAAGAGAGCUUAUAAUAAUUAGCAACUGGGAAAUAAGAGAGAAGAGAAUAGCAUAGUUAAACUGCAUCCCACCUCAUUAUCAGUGGUGAUUACCCCUGUGAUUUCAUCCAGGGUCCAGUUGUUACCAUCACUGACUUGGCUUGCAUGACACGGUAAGCCAGACUACCGCUCACCAGGAAUGUGCAGAUGUGAGCUCCUGGAGAGGAGCUCGCAGCUGAUUUGCGCUUCCUUGGCCCAUUUGAUCUUGUGAUGGGCAGAUCUAAGCCAAGGUUUGGCUUAGUGUGUCUUUCAAACCAGGAGUCACUAUCACUUUUUAUUUUUUAAAGAAAACUUUGCUAUCAUUAAAAAAAAAAAAUCAGAGUAAGAAUAUUAGCAAUAUCAUAAUUGGCAAAGGGACCCCAUUUGUUCUCUUAAGCAAGUUAAUAAGGAACAUAGGAAGCUACCUUCUGUCAAGUCAGACCAUUGGUCUGUCUAGGUCAGUAUCCUCAGUGCUGACUUACUGCCAGUUUUCCAAGGUUUUAGGCAGAGAGCCUUUUCCAGCCUAGCUGUAGAUGCUGGGGAUAAAGCCUGGGACCUUCUGCAGGCAAAGCUGAUGAUUUACCACUCAGCUGUGGCCCUUCACCUCCUCCUUCUAACGGGGUGCACCAAUUUCCUUGCCCUUUUUCCACGUUCCAUCUCUCCUGAGGCAUAGUUUUCAAAGACAGGGCAAAACAAUGUUAUAGUAUCCCCCUUGUUACACAAGAAAUUGAUAAAUAAAACUUACCUAGGUUUACAAGUCCCAACUUGAACAAGCCUUUGUGCCGGAUGCGAACUGCCUAGUCACCUUUGCUCAAAACGGUCAAAGUUUUUUUAAUUUUAUUUUUAAAAAGCACUGCUCAUCUGCCCUCCCCAAAAGACAGCAUAUUGCCUCAUUUCUUUUAUUUGCUGGAGAAACGUAAGCUCUCAACUGUCUCAUUACAAUAGCUUCCUCUUUCUUUCUUCUGAUGGCUUUAAUGUUGUAUCACUAUUUUUGUCACACUUUCUAAUGCUUUCUUGUGUGUGCAGAUGGUGAGUUACCUCCGUUUCAGAUUGUAUUUGUGUUUGUCCUGUUUUAUGAAAAGAGAAUGCAAAAGGCUUACCAGCUUAAAGGCUUAACGGGGGCACAUCUCUGAAUAAUUAAGGUGGAGGAGUAGACAAGGACCUAUAUAUUCUGUCUGCUGUGGAGUCUUGUUCUCAAAGCUCCUCUUUCUUUCUUUGAAAAAACCAAAAAAACAAAACCCUAUUCCCGAAAUGCUUGUACCUGCAGCAUCUUUACUUGGAGCUGUAGAGAUGCACUUGCUUGGAAGCAGUAAACUUGGAUAUGCAUAAAGCUUUUUAUAAACAGGACUGAGACUCUUACAAUUCCAUAUCUGGCUGUAUUAUUUUUUGCUUUUCAUGUGCUCCGUGUGGGGCGAAACUGAAGCCGUAGCCUGGCUGUCAAAUAGAUGUUAUCUUGGAUUACCAACCCCAGCCUCUAAAUCCAAGUUUGCAUAGUGAAAGGAAUACUGAUUGAACUAGUCCUCUUUCUGUCCCCUCACCCAUCCUUGCCACUUUUUUUUUUUACCCCGAGGAAACAAACCUAACCUGUUGCCUUGAAGACUAACCAUCAACCCAAGCCCAGCUCAGAGCAGAUGGGUGACCCUUGGUGGAUGGUUGACUCAUAUCCUUCAGCCCCGAAACGUAGUUCUUUAAUGGCUUUGAAAGUCUGGCCUGCAUAGCUUCUGUGCUUUUGUAUUCAUCUGGAUUGUGUAAAAAGAACAAACCACACACAACCUUAGGAGGGAAAUACACACAGCUUUCUCCCCAUGCUGUUUAAAUGGAAUAACGCCCCCCUCCAAUGUCUUUGCUUCUAAUGACACCCAUGAAUCUUUUCUGCCUGUGCAAUUGUAGUUCUCAGAGCGGGAGGUGCAGAGUUGUCAUGGCUGGGCUGGGAGAUAAUGCUACACUAGCUUCUCCUCUCUACUUCCCAACCUUGGUCAACGUCUUGAUAGUAAGCUGUACUCCUGGCAGUGGUUAGUACCCAAAGGAAAGUUGUAUUGGCUUCCUUCCACAGUGUCCCACAGGCUUCUUGGCUUGGCCCUCUCUAGAGCUUGCUCUGUGGCUCUUUGCCUGCUCUCCUCCCCUUUCCUGACACAUUAGGGACGUAGGAAGCUGCCUCCUACCAAGGCAGCCCAUUGGUCAGUUUUUUGUCCAACACUAAUUGGCAGUGGCUCUCCAGGGUUUCAGGCAGGAGUCUCUCCCGACCCUACCUAGAGAUUCCAAGGAUUGAACCUGGGACCUUUCACAUGCAAUGUGGGUGUUCUAUCCCUAAGCUGUUGGACAUUUACAACAGCACUAGUCUGAGAGCCACAUGUAUGGAAGCUAUUCCAUGGUAUACUGCUUAUUUUUAUGCAUAGUACAAAAGUAUUUAUAUGCCACCUGUUUCAAGCCAUCUCAGAACUUGGGACAGGUCCAUUUGAUACAACCAGUGUGCCUGGGAAACCCAGCCACUUGGGCGGAGUAUAAAUAAUAAAAUUAUUAUUAUUAACCAGUAAAACCACUUGCUGUAAAUAACUGCAACCGAUAACCCAAAGGGCACAGUUAAGAAUUAACAUUAAAACACCAGAAAGGCCCAGGUAUGUCAAGUGUGCCAAAAGCAUCAUGGGCACUGUGCGCUUUCCAGAGCUCUUAGGGGAGGCAAUUCCAUAGGAAAGGUGCCGCCACAGAGAAGGCCCUUCCCCCUUGGUUUCCACUACCUGAGGUUGCAGCUAAGUGUGUUGCUGGGAACUGAAGGCAUUGCUGCUUCAUUCCCAUCUGCCCCAAGGAACUCAGGCCAGUGUCCAUGUGGUAGUUCCCAAUGUUGCCCUCCCAACAGCCUUGCGAGGAGGGUGUGGGAAAGACCACGCAGAGAGCUUGGUGGCCCAAGCCGCCUUGCUCCAGAUUACCAGCACUUAAGUCAGCUGUGCCGCACUGAUUCCUUACUCGUGGUAAGAAUGCCGGAGGUGGUGGCAUGAUCCAGCAUUGACAUGUGAACAUUCACCCCCCUUUUCCACUCCUCCUGAGACUUGAAGCACCCCCUCCGCCAAAGCCUGCCUGGUUGUCAUUGUGUGAGCUCAUCUUCUCCCACCCACCCCUGUGUGUAGUGCACGUAUCUUCCCCCAUACCCAAAUAAUCUGCAGUACACAACAGUAAAGAAACUUUGUUAAGGGUUUUGGUUCGGUCAAAACCAAACUUGCAGCUGACCUAACAAAGUGUCCACUUUGUGACUGCCUAUUCACGUGGAAAACCUGUCUUGUGUUCCUCCUGUACUUGUCCUCGAUGCGGACAUAAAUGUGUGUGUAGCACUGCCCGUUGUAUGCCGUGGUGUACUUUUAUCUCUCAAGUGAGAAGUCUUUUUAAAAAAUCCGCCUCUUGGGUUAAGGAUGAGUUUAACCUAGCAUGAGAAUCAAAACAUCUCGACUUCGGUAUGAACGAGACUCAUGUUUGCAAUACCCGGCUGUGAAGCCAUAACCAAUUAAUUCAACAAUUGGUUCUGUAAUAAUAACUUGUGUGUAAGAGUAGUAGAUGUGGCUUUAGAAAUGUUGGUGUCUGUUUUUUAUUUUAAAAAGCAGCAGCCCACGGAGAAUUAUCAUUAUUUUUCACAACUAAAUGCAGUGCAUGAAACUUCCUGAUGGGUCAGGUGGUGUGUGCAGACGUUUUAAGCUCUCACCUUGGCCCUCCAGCUCUGCUUCUGCUUCAGCUAAUUUCCCUGUAAAUUGUGUCCCUAGCUGGGAAGACCCUCCAGAUCUUUAAUAUUGAAAUGAAAAGCAAAAUGAAAGCUCACACCAUGACGGACGACGUCACCUUUUGGAAGUGGAUUUCUCUGAACACGGUUGCGCUGGUCACCGACAGCGCUGUGUACCACUGGAGCAUGGAAGGGGAGUCUCAGCCGGUCAAGAUGUUUGAUCGCCAUUCUAGCCUCGCCGGCUGCCAGAUCAUCAACUACCGUACAGAUGCAAAGCAGAAAUGGUUGCUUUUGACUGGUAUAUCUGCACAGGUAAUGCAUCGGUAUAAGUGGAUGUAUGCAUAUCCAAAUAUGUGGAAAUUGUGGCUUUAGCUAGAAUCUGUGCUAAACUGCAUGGGCAGAGUGGUUCCCGCACUCUAGGGAACAUCAGAAGAGUCCUGUUGGAUCAGGACAAAUGCCCAUCUAGUCCUGUGCUCUGUUCUCACAGUGGCCAUCCAGAUGUUCAUGGGAAGCCCGCAGGUACGACCUGAGCGCAACAGCAGUGCUCUCCCUACCUGCAGUACCCAACAGCUGGUAUUCAGAGGCAUUGCCUCAACCACAGGUUGCCACCCUCUCCAUUUUACUAAUGGGCAAGCACACGACCUUUGAAUUUUUUCAUGGCUAUACGGGGACUCUGUGUGUCUGCAUUCUGUGGAGAGCUUGCACCUUUUCCUUCCACCCCCAAUGCAUACCACGUCGAUAUUCUGGUCAUUGUCCCAGCAUAAAGUCACAGCAUUUAAUCUCCCCCAAUGAAAUAGUGUGACUAGAUGCCACUCUGCAGAGACGUAUUGAUAAAAUGUGACAAAAUCCAGACCACAAGCCUGAACCCUGACGAGAGCCAAUGAGAUGAGGGGAGUAUUCCUAAUGGCUGUAGCAUACUGCAUUCUCAUUAAAAAUAACCUUGGUGUUCCUGGGUUUUGUUUUUUGUAAGCUAUUGUCCCUUUCAGUGGUGCCUGUAGAGUUUGUUAAAUAGAAACUUGUUAUAAUGCAGUUCAGCUGAAGUCUGUUACCCUGUGGCUAAAAUAAUACUUCAGCUUUUCCUGGGCAAAUUCUUGCCUCCAUAGCCUGGUGAAAAGGAGGCUGUGGGUGACAGUGACUUGUAGGAGUGUAAUGAAGGGGGUGGGAGAUUCAUCACUGCUGCUCAAGUAUUGGGCUUGCCAGGCCUCCCCUUUUGGCCUGCUGUUUUGACUAGGCACACCCACCUGCUCUGCGUCUGACUUCAUAUGUCAGGUGUAAGGCAGGUAAAUAUGCCACAGGGCUAAAAGGGGGCAUGUAGGCACUGUUGAACUGAUAGAUGACACCUACCAAAUUUCUUGUACAGUGCUCUGCAAACCCCACGAUCAGCAAAGGGCAGUCUUUUUAUCUUCAAAUUGUGUGUGCAGAAAUAGGUCACCUGAUGUCAGGUAAUUGACAGGUUGGCACUCCACCCACCUGCCAAAUAUUGCCAGUGGGAGGUGGAGGAAAUCAGGGUCCAGCCCUCCAGCCAGAUCCAAUUCUUCAUCCCCACGCUACAGGAGGAAACUAGAGGAGCCAAAUGCAAGUUUUCAUUUUGUUUAACUCAGUGCCCCUUUUCUACCAAAGCAACCUGGGCAAUUUGCAGUUUAGAAUAAUGCCUUAGAUAGAAAGCAUUUUACAAAAAGAGGGGGUGGGGGGGAGAAGCAAAUCUAGGUCCUGGAUACCAGCUCUUCUCAUACUGUUGCGUAGUGGGCAGUUAGAAUGAUCACUGCAGGAAACAGUUCUUCAGAGAAAAGGGUUUAACUGCAGUUCAUUCCAUUCAGACCAACGACCUCACUUUCUCCUCUCAAGCUGGUCAGGUGGAGUGAGAGUUCUGUGAAGUCACCAGUGGGCAACCUGUAGCCCUCCUGAUGUUGCUGGCCUGCAACUCCUGUCAUCCCUGACAUUUGGCCUGAAUGUUGCAAGUGUAACAGAAUCCAAGGGACCACCACUACCCCUGCUGUAGAUUAUACCGUUAACCAAACUUUUAAACCAGACUUUCUGCCCCUCUACAAAUGUACAAGUAAAAAAACUUCCUGUGUCUAUAAAGGCUAUGCCUAGGCUUGCAUAAAUAUGCCUAGCUGGUGUGUUAAGCCAGUUAAUUAGAGUUUAUGGUUAUCGUAAUGUUACAGAGUUGAAUAUUCAUGUGUGUGCUAUUCUCUUUUCCUUUUUUAAUAAAGCAAAACCGUGUAGUAGGAGCCAUGCAGCUUUAUUCCGUAGAUAGGAAAGUGUCACAGCCCAUUGAGGGUCACGCGGCCAGCUUUGCGCAGUUCAAGAUGGAAGGCAAUGCGGAAGAAUCCACCCUUUUCUGUUUUGCAGUGAGAGGACAAGCAGGAGGCAAGGUAAAAGGGAGGGGACACAAAUACAGGGUUCUGGGUAUGGCGUGUAAUGAGCCUAAUUGGCAGAUAUGAGAAAAAGGGAAGCAAUAGUGGAACAGUAGGGAGCCUCAGGCCUUGAGGCUGUGGCCCUCCAGACUUCCCUAUCUGGCCCUCAGGUCUCUUCCUAGGUUACAGCUCAUGCUCAGUCCAGCCCUAAACCCAUCUUGAUUGUAUUUCCCUGGCUGAAAUGUUUCUUUCAACUGUGAUGGUGCCUCUUGCUUCCUUGGGGGGAGGGGGUAGUGUAGAAACCUCUUGACAUUUGCACAACCAGGGUGUAGCUACUGUGCAUACUUAAGAGUUGCAUUCCUUUCCAUUCCUACUUUUGCCUCUGGACCUGAUAUGCGGCCCCUGCAAGAUUACUCACAAGAGAAAAUGUGGCCUGAAAAAUUUCCUGUCCCCUGCUGCAGUCAUUUUCAGAAGGACACUUCCAGAGAACAUUGGAUGGACGCUGGAGCAAGGAGACUUCCAGCAAAAGACACACACCACAUUGGCCUUGCUGUAACAAGCAUAUCUUGGCUGAUCUUUCGCACAGUUCAGUAGCCUCAGUCUAGUGUCAACGGGGCUAUAGCCUGGUCCCUUUUAAAUUAGAGUGUUCACCCUUUAUUUGAUAAAGGAAGAGAGUAUUGAAAAGUAUUUGCGCCCACCGUGGCUGCUGCCAUGUAAAAUAGCAGGCCUGAAUGGUGAAAAUGCUUGAGGAACUUUCCAAGGAAGCUUGGAGAUGCAAUACAAUCCUCUUUCUCUCCCGUGCAGUUGCAUAUCAUUGAAGUUGGCACCCCUCCCACAGGAAACCAGCCUUUCCCCAAGAAAGCUGUGGAUGUCUUCUUCCCACCUGAAGCACAGAAUGACUUCCCAGUAGCAAUGCAGGUAUUACCAAGGGACAAUUUUUGCUUUCUUACUCCUCAUACCUUUUUUUUUGGGGGGGGGAAGGGGUAGGGGGGGAAAUCAUCUGUAAAUAAGUCAUUUCAAAAUGCUGAUGAAUGGCGAAGCUUAAUACCGCCAACUUCCAAGCCUUGGAUUUAACUGUGUAAGCUGCCUUUAAUUGCUGCUUAGCCUUGCCUUUUAUAGAACGAAAGUUCAGGUAUUUUUGGCUUUUGUAAGUGCCUGUCAGGCAGCUCGUUACUUAGCGAAGCUCGCUCUGCUCUUUGGCACUUGGACAGUUCAUACUUGAUGGAUUCAACUUAUUUCGUAGCCAGUACUAAACUACAGCCAGGUCUGUGUUUGUGUACCAUGGAUAUGUGGGAGAACAAUAUGGGUGAAUAUGGCUGCAGAGUUCAGUAUCCCGAGAAUCUCAGCUUUCAGGAAAAAGUAUGGAGUAGACCAGGAGUAGACCCAUUGAAAUUAAUUGACAUGACUAACUUAGACUUAACCUUGACAUAUAACUUAGAUGAAUACAAGCCUAAUCUUACAGUCUAUAUUGCUGCAAAGAAGCACUUGAACCCCUCUAGGCAAUUCCUGCUAAAAUCUGGGAAACCGGAGGGUGGGUGAAUAUAUCUCGUUGUUGGGCUAGAGGACAUUGUGUAUCUGCUCUCACCACGACUAGUGGAAGGCUUUGAAUUCUAUGCAAAAGGGGUCAGUUUGCUAACUUGCUCAAUUUGCAUUAUGUAUAUCUUCAAAUUCCCUUAUCACAUAGCUUUAAUUUCGCUUCCUACUGAAGCUCUGUGCCUUGGUGGAGAGUGUAUACAAUUGAUCACAACACAUGGUGGAGCACCUUAAAAGGACUGUCUCUGUUCAUUUUUGCCCCCCACCUUUCUCCCUGUAGAUAAGCGAAAAGCACGAUGUGGUUUUCUUGAUCACAAAAUACGGCUAUAUCCAUCUGUAUGACCUCGAAACGGGCACCUGCAUCUACAUGAACAGAAUCAGUGGGGAGACCAUCUUUGUUACCGCACCCCAUGAAGCUACCGCUGGAAUCAUUGGCGUCAACAGAAAAGGACAAGUAAUGAAAUCUUAAUUCUCUUUAUUUAUUUGUAUUGUGUUCACAUCCUGCCCUUCCUCUAAAAAGGAGCUCAGGUCAGACUCAGGUUGUAGGGAUAAGGAGAACCUGCAGCCCUUCAGAUGCUGUUGGAUUUCAACUCCCACCAACCAGGGAUGAUGGGCGUUGUAGUCCGUGAACAUCUGAAUGGAUGACCAUGGUUUUUAUUAAGCCCAUUGCACAGACUUUGAAGCUGGCUUUACUAUGAGGUUAAGGCCAGGUGGGUAAAUGUAAUGUGGAUGCUGUGCUUGCUUCUCUCUCUCUCUCUCUCUCUCUCUCUCUCCAACCUUCAUAUGCUCUUCAAUGUCUGAGUCGGUGCAGUAUUCUGAAUGUGUGCAGGCAUUCAAAACUCCCACCUGCCAUCCCUUCCAUAAAGCAGGUCAAAGUGUCGCAUUUGAGCGUUAGUAGGUGAAAGUUCAGAGUUUGCCGCCUGAGCAGUCUCUUGGAAAUGUUUAACGCUGCUGACCUUAAAGAUCUUUGGCAUACCACUGAUAUUUGCUUUUGAGUUCCCUACGUGCAGUCUGCAGCGGGAUGUCACUUUUCAGCCAGCAACCGUGACUUCCCAGUCAGUCCUAUAUCAGGUGCUUGAGGAUCUAGUGCAGGGAGAAUUGACCCCCCCCCCAGGUCAAGCAUGGGAGGACCAGUGACCCUCCAGAUGUUAUUGGACCACAUCUCCCAUCAUCCCUGACCAUUGACCAUGCUGGCUGGGACUGAUGGGAAUCUGGAGGUCCACAGAUUUCCCACCUCUGGCCCUGGACUUAAAGGGUCUUGUCCCACUAAAGACCUGCUGAAAUGAAUGGGGACCAAGUCAGUUGCGCCCAUUAUUUUGAAUGGCUUUUCUCUGAGUAGGACUAGCAUUUGCUACAAACCAAAGAAGUGUAGCCUGGGGCUCCACACCCCUCUGAUCCAGAAGCCACACCUUUUCCUCUGGUUGUCCUUCUGGAAGCGCGUGCGCACACACACCGGCAUUCUCUUUGUUGUGUUAAUCUGUUGCCACUCUGUGAUUGUAAUGGCGGAGGCAGGCUACCCUACCCUAGCAUUCCUUGGCUUCAUUUCAAUGGCAAACCUUGUGAUCAGGGUACAGACCCCAUUUUUAAGCAGCCAGGAGUUAAUAAACGCACAGGGAAGCAAGAGAUCUGGGCGUCCUUUGGGAACUCCAUUGAUUGUACUCCUGCAAGGGAUCUGGGAGGACUUCAAAGUGCUAAAAUGUGAACGGUACUAUCUUACGUAUCGUUGUUCCUCUUCUCCUCCCGUUCCCAUGCUUCUCUGCCUUUUAAUUCUGCUUCUUAACCCAAUAGAGGGUUCCAGUCUUUAAUUGCCCUAGACGGAUUAGCCUACCCAAGUUUUAAUUGGGCUUUGAAAAAAUGGGACACUGUAGGAACCGCAUGACUUCUGGGGUGUUCAUGUAGUAGUCAUCCAUCUCCACUUUCAUUCCCUUGCAAUGAGUGGUAGACCUUCUUUGCUGAAAUGCCGUGGUUUCUCUGAAGAUAAUCCUACACACAGCUUUUUGGCACCGCGCAAAUUCUAAAUGGAUUGGAAAGCCACAUCGCAAUCCUCUACCUAAUUGGACGGCUCUGUCGAAAGCUCUAAAGUGUGGCCACCCUGCUAGCUCUUGGCCCACCAACACAGUUCUGGUUUGAAAGUAUGGAGAGCAAAAGGAACGUAGGAAGCUGCCUUGUGUUGAGUCAGACCAUUGGUCCACCUGGCUCAGUGUUGUCUACACUGACUGGCAGUGGCUGUCCAGGAUUUCAGACAGGGGAACAUUCCCAGCCUUACCUGGAGAUGCCAUUGAGGAUUGAACCAGGGACCUUCCGCAUGCAAGGCAGGUGCUCUACUACUGCCCUUUAUUUAAAACUUAAUUCCUUUUAUCUCUAGAGCCUCUGCUGGUUUUUUGGUUUCUCUCUCCCUGUCUUCUCCUCCUCCCCCCUCUCCGGAAAUUAAACUGCUUGCCUUUUAGCCUAGGUAGCAGUGAGCUGUCCUUCAGCCUUCUCCCCUCUUUUGUCUUUAAUAGUCAAGUCUAUCUGGCUUGAAUCAUUUCUUGCAACCUUGGGGAAGGUUGCAGCUAGUGGGGAGCCAGGGUGUGCGGUAGUAGCAAUUAAUAAAUGCAAGUAGAUGGCACUUAACACAAGGAUUUGUUCAUGCAUUUAACGCUUUCUUGAAAAAAACAACACCCCUCCAUAUAUGUACCAAAUGACAGUGUUAAGGUGAAACUCGUCUUAAGUUCCUUCUUGGGUAUGGUUCGAAUGGCAAAGGCUACUUGGACUGGUUUGCUGUCGGGGUUGCUUUAAUCUUAGAAUUCCAGCAGCUUUCUCAAAGAGCUAGCGUCCCCCUUCUCCUCGGAUUGCGUUAAUCUGCCACUAAGCUGCUAUGGCCCUGAAAAAGCCUUUCCCUGGCAGCUGGGAAGCAGCAGCUUUGCCAUUUCCUCUGUGUAUUAGAUCCUGAGUUGCAUGGGAAUCUGCCUUCCACUGGGCUACGUGCCCAUCCCCCUCAGUAUUCCCCCACUGACUGGCAGUGGCUCUCUAGGGCAGAAUCCUACCUGUCACCAGCCACUGAUUGUCCUGGUGCCAGGAAUUCAAACUGGGGCCACCUGCCUGCAGCGCAGGACUUCUGUUGUUGGACUAUGGGCCCUGUUAAGUUGAUUCAGGUAAUGUUAAGUUUCCCAGCUUCUUAACUGUGCGCUUUCUCUCUCUCUGUCUGUCUCUCUCUCACACACACAUAACCUAGACCAGGAUGCAAAGGACCACCCAGCUAGUUCAGCACAUGUAACGAAAACAGCAGUUUGCCAUGCCAAAAUGCUGCUUUGAAGCAGAAGAUACUUUUCCAAAGCAGCCUGAUGGGGUUCUGCUGUCUAGCCACCUCACUUGGGUGUUCUUGAGCUGUUGUAUUAAGUAUUAAGGGUCCUCACAAAUUGUGCCUUGGUGGUUAAAAACUUGUGAACUAAGUCUUGGGGCCCUUCUCUCGCUUGGGGGAUGUUGGUUCCAGCCCCUCUGUGGGGAGGAGAGCAAGUAGAUGGUGAGGAACCGUGGCUCCCACCAACUUCUCCUUUUCUCCCAGUUGGGCUGGGCCCUUUCUGGGAAUUUUUGAGAAUUUUUCAAAUCCAGCUGCCCUGUGAGGAAGAGGAACUGGAUAACUUGCUCUGGUGCUGAUGGUUUUGGCUUGGCUCCUGUGAGCCUCCCUGCCUGGGCAGGAGGGACAGGUUCCAGCUAGGCCCUGCCUUGUAAGGUCAACAGAUACUGGUUGCAUUGCAGCCACUUUAGGAAGGUUGGGUUGCCAGGCUAUCUCUAAGGGGCCACCGCUUCCUGUUUUUCUAACUGAACAGCCUUUUUUCAUCCAAAUGGGUUGUUGUAAGAACUUAGUAACAUUGAGAUUUUAGUUCCUAGUUUAGUUCUAGUUUGCUCCCUACCCCCACUUCCUCCCCAUUCCCCUUUCCUUUUGUGUUGCUUCUUUGUAAGCCAUAGGGCAGGGACUGUCUUUAUUAAAAAAAAUAAAGCUGUAAGCUGCUGUGGGAGUUUUUUGGCUGAAAAGUGAGGUAUAAAUGUUUCAGGCAAAUGACGAAAUCUAUUCUGGGGAUGUUCCUGGUACACUGUCCCUUGGAAGCAAGUUCUGAAAGAUCAGUGUUUUUUCAGUGGUGGCACUUUUCUAUCUUAACUAAAGUGAACGGGUAGUCAGCAAGGCUGCAUCCCCAUACCUUUUCUUUUAAAAAAAAGAAUCUUGCAGGGAGAUGCCAGACCUAGGCUCUAGGGGCUAUGCACUCCUGAGUCUUUCUGCUUGUUUUUCUCUGUGAGGGUGGGUGGGGGACGACCCUUAGGAAGCUUGUCGGAAUUCAAAUCUUAAAAUACGAGGUUUCCCAACUUGGUUGAAAUUAAAGGUUGAUUCAACCCAGUGCUCAGUCUCCCACAGCAAAGGGAUAUACCUGCAGGAACUUCAUGAAAUUUUCCUGUAUCGUCUCUUCGGUGGGAUACUAAAUGCAAUCCCCAUAUUUGACUGCUGUGGCUAAGUAGCUAUUGAUGGAGAAAUUUGGAAACAAUCUGUAUUUUUUAAAUGGCAAUCCCCAUACCAGCUUGCAUAACAUUAGCAAACUGUGCUGCCUGUUCACUGGCUCUGGGGGCAGCCGGGAGUGCUGAGUUGCAGCCCUGACCAGCUGUCACAUUGUGAAUGCUGUAGUCUGCAGAGUGCGUUUUUUGCAUGCUUACUGAGGUUUGGAAUGCUGUGCAAAUCUGAUCUGACCCGGAUGUCAGGCCUCCAUCUGGGAUCCCAAUGCCCCUUGGUAAACCAUGUAAAUAAAUGCAUGUAUAUAUAAAUAAUGGCGUCCAGAUUUGUGGCAUGAUGUCCUUCUGAGCUGACUGGGAGUAUAUGAUUCAUUGCUGUUGGCAGAAGAGUCUUUGCUCUUCUCUUCUUCCCUUUGGGCCUCGAAAGCCUAAAAGGCCAGUGACUCAUUCCCUUCACACAGGGGAAGAAGGAGCCCUUCCCCAACUCAGAGCAGCUCUAUAUAUACGCACAGAAGAAGCAGUGCAAUUCUGAACUGCACCAUUUCAGAGAGCAAGUGAAGAAGGCAUUGGUUUGAAUGCUUCCUGUAUGAAGUGAAAUACCUAUCAGGGAGAGAGAUUCUUCUCCUCACCCUUGCCUCUCCUUUCUGCUAGCUUUCUGGGCUUGCCGAUCAGAAGGUCGGCAGUUCGAAUCCACGUGACAGGGUGAGCUCCCAUUGCUCUGUCCCAGCGUCUGCCAACCUAGCAGUUCAAAAGCAUAGCAGUGCAAGUAGAUAAAUAGGUACCCCUGUGACAGGAAGGUAAACAGUGUUUCCAUGCGCUCUGGCUUCCUUCAUGGUGUCCUGUUAUGCCAGAAGUGGCUUAGUCAUGUUGGCCGCAUGACCUGGAAAGCUGUCUGCGGACAAACACCAGCUCCCUUGGCUUGAAGCGAGAUGAGCUCUGCACCCCAUAGUCACCUUUGACUUAACCGUCCAGGGGUCCUUUACCUUUACCUUUUACCAUGUUAAAGGGUCUAGAAAUCAAGUAGUUGAGGGAGCUGGGAAUGUUUAGCCUAGAGAAGAGGGAACUCAGAGGGGGUAAGAGAGCCAUCUUCAAAUACCUUAAAUGCUGCAACAUGGAAGAUUGAGCAAGGGUGUUAUCUCCUGCUCCGGAGGGUAGGACCUGAAGCAAUGACUUCAAGUUCCAAGAAAGGAGAUGGUGGAAUAACUUCCAGGCGGCAGUUGGAUAGUGGAACAGACUUCCUUGGAAGAUGGUGGGAUCUUCUUUAUUGGAAGUUUUUAAGCAUGUGUUGGAUGGCCACCUGUCAGGGGUUCUUUAGCUGCAAUUCCUGCAUUGCUUGUCAAUAUCCUACUUAAAAUUGGUGCCCAGAACUGGACACAGUACCCCAGGUAUGCUCUAACCAAGGCAGAAUGGAGUGGUUCUAUUACUUCCCUUGAUCCGGACGCUAUACUUCUGUUGAUGCAGCCUAGAAUAGCAUUAACUUUUUUUGCUACUGCAUCACACUGUUGACUCGUGCUAAGCUUGUGGUCUGUUAAGACCCUCAUAUACCUUUCGCAUGUAGCUGUCAAUCCUGGUGUCCCAUAUCUUAUAUUUGUGCAGCUGGUUAUUCUUGCCUAUGUGUAGGACCUUAACAUUUGUCCAUAUUGAAAUUAAUUUCGUUAGUUUGGGCCCAGUUCUCCAAAAGGUGGUCUUGAAUCCUGAUUCUGUCUUCUGAAGUAUUAGCUACCCUUUCCAGUUUGGUGCCAUCUGCAAAUUUGAUGAGCAUCCCCUCAAUUCCUUCAUCAAAGUCAUUUUUAAAGAUGUUUAACAACAGUGGGUCCAGGACAGAACCCUGUGGCACCACACUUGUCACUUUCCCCCCCUGGAUAAGAAACCGUUAGUGAGCACUCUUUGGGCUUGGUCAGUCAACCAGCUACAAACUCACCUAGCAGUAAAAUCCUCCCCAUAUUUUACCAGCUUCUGUGCGAAAUUGUCAUGGGGGACUUUGUCGAAAGCCUUACUGAAAUCUCUCUAUCUUAUAUUUCCAACGCAGGUUCUGUCUGUGUGCGUGGAAGAAGAGAACAUCAUCCCAUAUAUCACCAACGUGCUGCAGAACCCUGACCUGGCUCUCCGAAUGGCCGUUCGUAACAACCUUGCUGGUGCUGAAGAGCUCUUUGCCCGGAAAUUCAAUGCGCUUUUUGCCCAGGGGAGCUACUCAGAAGCAGCGAAGGUGGCGGCAAACGCCCCAAAGGUAUAGAGAAAUGGCUUUUAAGCCACCCAGGCUUUGGUGCCCCUUGAGCACAGAAACACACACACGGGGUGUGAUGCUGCGGUCACUGCUGGCUGCAUGCUUGCUUCACAUUGGCUUGUCUCCCAACCCGUGGAGGUGCUCUAUUAGAUAUCAGCUUGAGUUAUUCCGGGCUGCCGCUUGGGGAUUUAGGAUGACAGACUACACCCUUCCUAUUAUACACCAGCAGGUAGGAGUCACACUCCUCUAGCAAUUGGGGCUAAAUGUGUGCAGCUGAAUGAAGUUGCAGAGGAACAUGGGUAGCCCAUCCUAAACAGAAUCACAAUAGUCCAGAUGUCUUCAGUUUACAACUCCCAUCAUGCAUCUCUCUUGGCAGAUGCAGGGGCUGAUGGGAGUUGAGGUCCAGCAAAAUCAAAAAAAAAACUGCCUACAACCUUGGGCUACUGAGUCCACCUGCAUGAAUGCCACCUCUUCCUUUGCUCUUGAAAGCCCACCUUUUCUGUGAAUCCUUUGGCAAAACUCUCCCAUUCACUUGCUGCACUGUAACCUGAAGCAACCACACACAGCAUUCCGGUCCCCACUGUCUCCCCAUCCUUCCCCAUCCUCUUGUUUCCCUAGUGGAUGCUCUUCGGGGCAGAGAUCUGUUCUCUUGUUCUUUUAAAAGUGCUGUGAAAAUAGUAACUUUUUAAAAAAAAAAAAACCUUAUGUGCUCUGCCUAUUUUUCAGAAGAAAUUAAAGGUGGAGAACAAUCAAAAGCAGUAAACAAUAUUUUUUGUAAAAAACAAAACAAAAACCCAACCACAGUUCAUCUGAACCAUAAAUGGAAAGUUACUAUAAACAGAUGUGUGUUUUUUUCUUUUUGUUCUAACUGGAGAAAGUUAUAAGCAUGGGGUCUGCUCAAUCUGUAAAGAGCUAGCUAUAUAACUACCUUUGUGUUCAUAAUCUAAAUGCCCAGUUGGGGGAACUGGGACUGUGAGGUAGUAUGAAUCUGUGUGGCAAUAACUCACUGUUUGUGGGAUUUUAUGAACAGCACGUUUUCUGGGAACGAUUCCCAUUUACCAUUGCAAAAACCCAAAAUGAAAAGUUAGCUGGAACAGCAAGUUCCACUAACUUGAUUGUGCCUGGUUCACCAGAGCAGUUCUGUGUCUGCUGAUAGGUGGGAAAAUGAGGGCACAUGUGCAUAACUUUAAUCUUAAGGUCGGGUAAAAUAGUGAAAAAUUACGCCCCCUAAAGGACAGGUGAUGUAUCUUAUUUACCCCUCUCUCUUCCAAAGGGGAUCUUGCGUACCCCAGACACCAUCCGCCGCUUCCAGAGUGUCCCAGCACAGGCAGGUCAGACCUCUCCGCUGCUCCAGUAUUUUGGUAUCCUGCUAGACCAAGGCCAGCUGAACAAGUACGAGUCGCUCGAACUCUGCCGGCCGGUGCUCCAGCAAGGACGCAAGCAGCUCCUGGAGAAAUGGCUGAAGGAAGACAAGGUAAAUCACGUCUUUUUGAAGGGCUUUGGGGGAGCGGUGUGACUUAGGAGGUUACCAGUCACCAAAUCCAUCAUUUCUGCAGACUGAAUUCAGUGGCUCUGUUGUGCAUUGAGCCCAAAUAGCAGCUGUCCGCAAACAAGGGCGUUGAGGUUGCUCUUAAGGGGCUGGUGAGCUACAGAUCCAUGCUGUGGCAAAUAUCAAAAUUAAAAGUGCCACCUUGCAUAUAAAGCAACUUUGUCUUCAGAUUGCUGGUUACAGAAAACAGUGUUCAUUUGCCAGGACCUUCCCAGAUAAACUCAGGGCACUGGAUUCUCUACCUGUUCAUUUUCCCAAUGCCUUCUGGAUCUGUGCCCUAUAGAACUGUUUGACCUCUGCCAGCUCUGUUGUCUCUAGUUAUAAGCUGUGCAUUUUGGUUUGCCUCCUUUAGAAGGUGGUGUGGAGCCUGCUUCGCUCAUUAUUUUAAAUACUUAUAAACCGCUUACUUAAAAAAAAAUAUCCUGUUAAUAUCUAGUUGUUUUGAUUUAUUACCUGCCCUUCACCCUAAGUUCCCCAGGCAGGCCACAACAAUUUAAAAUGCGAUAUCCUUUUCUCACAAUUGUAAUUUGGAGUCGGGAACCCCAAUUGGUCCCACUCUACCCUUUACCCACCCCUGUUUGGUAUGACACACAGGACCCAAGGUGGCUGGCAGGCAGUGGGGUGUGUGUGUGGUCAUAGGUGCGCAAGAGACCCUCUCAAUUUCUUCACCGGCCAUUCCAUCUUGCACAUUUCGCAGCUCUGCCCUUGUCAUUUUGCUUCUCUUUUCUAAUCUGUUUAAAUCUUCGUUUUUGUUUCUGCGGGGGAAACAGCUGGAAUGCUCCGAAGAACUGGGGGACCUGGUGAAAUCUGUGGACCCAACAUUGGCUCUGAGCGUCUACCUCAGGGCUAACGUUCCCAGCAAAGUGAUCCAGUGUUUUGCCGAAACGGGACAAGUUCAGAAGAUUGUGCUGUAUGCAAAGAAGGUGAUUUGCUGUUGGGCUGGAGCAGGGGGGCACUGGAGUUCAUGUUGGGGCGCUCGCGUUGCCAACCCUGCUUGGGCUCUGCUGACUGGCAGCAGCGGCCGAAGGGAUGAGGUUCCCUGGUGAUGCCCUUUGGCCAUUCCCUGCACCCUCAGAGCUUAGGUGGAUUUCCACCUUGGAUAGGACUACUUCAGUGUCGCCCUAGUAAUAGGAUGCUGUCCUCAGGGUGGCCUAUCUAGCAGAGAAAUUAUUUAUCCUUGCCCCAGGCAGUUUAGUCUUGUGAGUCUUUUAUUUCAACACCUCUUUAUUUUAUGGCAUGGUGCUGCUGGUUAAUUUUGUAUUUCAACUACCGUGAACUGCUUCAAAGCGUCUGUGUCCAUUUUUUAAUAGCUAAAAACUGAAUAACUUUUAUUGCCUUGGAAAGAGAGAAGGGGUGGGUUCUGAUACAGUGGGGGUGCCCAAACAUUUUUCCAACAGGGCCAGAUUUGAUUAAGUGAACAUUCAUGAGAGCUUUUUUUAGGGCUUAACCCAAAAGUUGUUGAGCUUUUUACCCCAGGACAUAUACUUCUGACUUUGGACAUACCUGUGAUACAGCAUGCACGAGAGAUCAGAAGCUAGCUAUGGAAGUCAGAAGCACAGGAUGAACUGGCAACACCAGCAGAGCUUGCCUGUUUGGGUGGCUGUAGUGAUUUAAGCGGGUGGGUUAACCCACAGCGGGUGGCGCUAUGGGUUAAAGCACAGAGCCUAGGGCUUGCCGAUAAGAAGGUCGGCCAUGACUGGGUGCGCUCCCGUUGCUCGGUCCCUGCUCCUGCCACCCUAGCAGUUCAAAAGCACGUCAAAGUGCAAGUAGAUAAAUAGGUACCACUCUGGCGGGAAGGUAAACGGCGUUUCCGUGCGCUGUUCUGGUUCGCCAGAAGCGGCUUAGUCCUGCUGGCCACAUGACCCGGAAGCUGUACACCGGCUCCCUCAGCCAAUAAAGCGAGGUGAGCACCGCAACCCCAGAGUCAGCCACGACUGGACCUAAUGGUCAGGGGUCCCUUUACCUUUACCUAGUGAUUUAAUAGAGGAGGCUACCUUAUACCAAAUCAGAUUACUGGUCCAGCUAAUUCAGUAUUGUCUAUGCUGACUUGGCAGUGGCUCUCCAGGGUUUCAGGCAGAGUACCAGGAGAGGCCACUGGGGUUUGAGCCCAGGGAUCUACUGCAUGUAGAGCACCCCUGAGCUACGGACCUUCCCUGUGGAACUUGGCUGAAGCCCUUUCCAGGAGGUGCCCCAGAGGAGAUGAGCCCUUCUGAUGUAGAAGCUUAGGCUGAGUGGCUUGCUUUCUAGUUUAUGUAUCAAAUAUAUUAGGCCAUUUCCUCUCUUUUGGAAAAAAGCAGAAAACACAUCUUGCAAAAAAGAAAGAAGCAAACAGUAAUGAACAAAGCAGCAUGCGGAAUCAACAAGACCUUUAAAGCCUAAAAUGGGAUUGGUGAGAUUCCUAUAAAAGACCAACUGUGCCGGAAAUAGUCCUUGGCAAAUCAGAAAAUAGCAGUAGGAGGCUGGUCUAGAGAGUCUUCCCUGCACCUCUGAGGCUCAGUUUUGGGAUAGCAUUUCAGGGGUAUGUAAUAGCACUUGAGCUUCCAGCAACAGAUCUUAAGAACUGGAUGGAAGUUGCCAGUUGGAUAGCUGGCUCUUUAAAAAGUUCACGAAAUACCUCUCUGUACAUGUGUGUAGGUUGGCUACACUCCUGACUGGAUCUUCCUCCUGAGGAAUGUGAUGCGCAUUAGCCCAGACCAAGGACAGCAGUUUGCCCAAAUGCUGGUUCAGGAUGAGGAACCUCUUGCAGAUAUCACCCAAGUAAGUAAAACUUGAACACGAAUUAAAAAGGAGAUGCCUUUUUUUUUUUUCUUUUUCUUUUGCUUUUUUUUGCUUCUGGAGACCUGAAAAUACUGAUUGCCCCUCUGGAAAGGUGUUUGUGUCAAUUUUCAGAUGAAAGGUAUUGGAGUAAGAAAUUCAAGGAAUAACUUGGUUUGUCAUUUUAAGAAGUGAUUCUAUGGCCAAAGCUUGUUUUCCACAAGCAUAAUUCUAGUUAAAUCAAGGCUGUUGCGAAGAUACCAAAGGCUGCAUCUACAAAUGAACACGGGAAACUGGGUGGUUCUCCAGGACUGAUUGCAGCAAUAGUUUAUAUACUUGGUGCAAUAGUGUAUAUUAGCUCUUGUGGGAAAGUGGUCUUUAAACAUGCGAAAGGUUAAAAAAAAUUGAACAAGUUCCUCAGUCCCUCCGGAACAUUUUUUUUUUUUUUUUGCAAUGACUUUAAGAGGCGGUAUUUGUGGUUUCUAGGAUCAGGUAAGAGACCCUGCCACAACCUAUGUGGCUUUCCCAAUGCUGCUGGCCUUCAAACCCCAUCAUGCCCAGCCAGCAUGGCUGAUGGUCAGGGAUGAUGGGAAUUGUAGUCCCAACAGCUGGAGAACCACUCAUUCCAUCCCACCCUUCGCAAGUGAGUAAGAGCAGAUUUGUGCUACAUCAGUGUUAAUGACUGGAAGCAGCUCCUUGAGAGCCUUGGGAUAUGGACAGCUUCUUCUGAUUGAGAUAACGCGUACAGUUAGUUAGGAUUUUGCGGGGAACAAAUUGUACGGUGCUUUAUUCCCUACCUCAGGGCAGUUUUAAGUAGUGUGAGCUCUACAGCGAACCUUCUCUUCCCCCUCCAGAUAGUGGAUGUGUUCAUGGAGUACAACCUGAUUCAGCAGUGCACAGCCUUUUUAUUGGAUGCCCUGAAAAACAACCGCCCAUCUGAGGGACCUUUGCAAACCCGCUUGCUUGAAAUGAACCUCAUGCAUGCCCCUCAGGUAGGUACUUUUUUUUGGGUAUGGAAACUUUUCAACCAGGUGGGUGUUCUGGACAAAAGCUCAGUAGCUCUGGGACCUACACCCUUGAUUCCGUGAUUAUAUUCCCCAUGUUGCGAUUCUGAAAUGCAGCAGGAACAACCCAAACGGGGAUUGAACUUGCCCUUCAUCCAGUAGUUGGUGGGUUGCUUCAAAGCAACCACACCAUCUAGAUCAGGUGGGGGGAACUGUAGAGCCUCUGGGUGUUCCUGAACUACAACUCCCAUCAGCCACAGCAAGCAUGGUCAGUGGCAAGGGAUGAAGAGAGUUAAGGCUCCAGAAACCUUGUCUAAAUACUCAUCCCUUUCUUGAUUUGUGGAAUGAAUAUUUCUGCACCAUGUAUACCAUUCUUGAGCCUCAACAUGUGUUAACAGUAGAAACUCAAAACAGUUCUUCAGUCCGGGGCUCUGAUUUGUAAACAAAACAUUAAGAAAUAUCAGAGGUGGCUGCAUCAGUCUGGUAAGACACAAAACAAAGAGUCCUCUGAAAAUGGGGGCUGUGGUUGUGGUGUUGUUCUAAAGCUGUGAAUGGGCAGCCCUGGUGAGCCUUCUUAAGUAAGAAAUUCAGAGCAGGCGCCACAUAGAAAUGCCUGGGAUAUCCCUACUUCUCCAAGCAGGCUGCUUUUACGCCUGACGACGGAUGCUCUGAGCACAUGGGAGGAAAUAUAUUUGAGGCUUGCCGUACCACGUCACUGGCUUUCUUUAUAGCCUCUUAAAAGUUUACACCCGGUGGCAAAGUCGUAGGCGUAGAAUGAAGCCUCCCUUUUGACUGCCAAAUCUCCCUUUCCUUCCAGGUUGCUGAUGCCAUCCUAGGAAACCAGAUGUUCACCCACUACGACCGUGCCCACAUUGCCCAGCUGUGCGAGAAAGCUGGCCUCCUCCAGAGAGCCCUGGAACACUUCACCGACUUGUAUGACAUCAAGCGGGCCGUCGUCCACACUCACCUUCUCAACCCCGAGGUACUGUGUCCCAAACCAGCUGUAUUUUGAAAUGAGUCUUUCCAUCACUGAUUCCUGAUUCCUCCAGUUCAAGUCCUCUGCUUUGGGUGCUUGCUGUGUGCAAAUGGGACUUAGAACAUCACCAUGGGUUAGAUUUUUUUUUUUGACUGCCUGCUUUUAACCUGCAGUGGUUGGUGAACUACUUUGGCUCCCUCUCGGUGGAAGACUCCCUCGAAUGCCUCCGGGCGAUGCUCUCGGCCAACAUCCGCCAGAACUUGCAGAUAUGCGUCCAGGUUGCUUCAAAGUACCACGAGCAGCUUUCGACCCAGUCCCUCAUUGAACUCUUCGAAUCUUUCAAGAGUUUUGAAGGUAAGGCAACUGGGCCACCUCAGGCUCUUCACCACAGGGAUGAGGAACCUGUUUCAGCCUGGGGGGCCGUAUCCCCUCCUGGGGGGACCACUUGCUUAGUGGUGUCCAGAGCCAGAGGCAAAAGUGCACGGAGCAAUGAAUGCAAAGGUUUCCAAUGUGGUGUGCCAAUGUGGUGCUGUGAUCAGGGUGUCUGAGAGACCAGGCUUCGUCUCCCUGCUCAGCCAUGAAACUCACCAGGCGAUGGGCCAGUCACUCCAUCUCACCCUAACUCACUUCCCUCACAGGGUUGUUAUGAGCAUAAAAUUGGGAGAAAGAGAAUCGGGUAUACCACCUUGAGCUGCUUGGAGGAAAAGUUGGGAUAUGAAUGUAAUAAAUAAAACAAAACAACACAUAUACACACCUCUAUCCUCCAACUGACUGAGUAAUAAUAAUAAAAUAUUUAUACCCCGCCCUCCCCAGCCAAGACCGGGCUCAGGGCAGCUAACACCAGGUAUAAAAACGAUUGAUUGAAAUACAACUUAAAAUCAAGAUUAAAAUACAACAUUAAAAUGCAGCCUUGUUUCAGUAGGAACUCAAAUCAAAAACUUUUUGGGGGAUGAAAACGUCAAGUCUUCACCAAGGCCAACUAUCCAGACUGGUCCUAUGUGGGCCAGAAAAAAAGCCAGGGAAGUCCCCAAAUAGGAAUGCCAUCACAGAAGGAGAAAGGAAAAAGGAAAGAGGGGGAGGGGAUCAAGUUGAUUCCAAGCCAAAGGCCAGGCAGAACAACUCUUACAGGCCCUGCAGAAAGAAAUCAGAUCCCGCAGGGCCCUGGUCUCAUGAGGCAGAGCGUUCCACCAGGCCGGAGCCAGUGUUGAAAAGGCCCUGGCUCUGGUUGAGGCUAAUCUGACUUCUUAGGGCCCGGGACCUCUAGGGUGUUGCUAUUUAUGGACCUUAAGGUCCUCCGUGGGGCAUACUGGGAGAGGCGGUCCCGUGGGUACGAGGGUCCUAGGCCGUGAAGGGCUUUAUAGGUCAAAACCAGCACCACUAAGAGGCACUAUCAGAGUUCAAGGGCAGGCUAAAUUCACUUGAGGAGGGUGCAAAGCAGAGCUGGUGCAGAAUGUGAGGGGGUGUGGCUGGGGUGAGAUGGGGCUUGGACCCCAAGGGCAGACGGGGCGUGUGGCUCUGCAGAAAUGAGCCUAGUGCACAAAGGUAAAACUUGGGAUGGUUGCUCUGCCCACCCCUGGCAUGUGGCCCAGAUGAGAAUGUGGUGCUCAGUCUGAAAGGUUCCUUCUCCCUUGCCCUACACGGACGUCUGCAAGAACUUUCCUUGUACACAGAGACUAGUCUUCCCACAGUCCUGCAAGAACUUGUAUUGCACAAACUGGUCCCACAAUCGUACAAUUGCUCCACUAAUUCCCAGGAUAUUGACAUUUAAUUUUAAAGUCUCUUCUUCACUCCCCCCACUUAGGUCUCUUCUAUUUCCUGGGCUCCAUCGUCAACUUCAGCCAGGACCCAGACGUGCACUUCAAAUACAUCCAGGCUGCUUGCAAGACAGGCCAGAUUAAAGAGGUGGAAAGAAUUUGCAGAGAGAGCAACUGCUAUGACCCAGAGCGGGUGAAGAACUUCCUCAAGGUAAAAAAAGGAUAGGAGAAUCCUCUGCGCUCCCACCUCAGCUCCCCAUAGCAAGGCCAGCUUAUCAUCGGCUUGUGGUUUUAAAUUCUAAUUUUGGUGGUGGAGGCCAUUGGAAAUAACAGCACAGCUCAGGCCAUUGAUAAAUCUCUUGGAAUAUAAGCGGUCUUUGAUUCCUUAAAAGAACAUGUGCAUUUUGUUAAAAACAUUCCUGCAUUGCAGGGGGUUGGACUGGGUAACCCUCGGGGGUCCCUUCUAGCCACAGUUCUGUGAUUCUACGAUAUUGCCACCACCUGAAGGUACAGCUAAGUAUUGAUUUUGGCAAUUUGGCAGAGCAAAGGGCUAAAUCACAGGCGAAGGAGCUGUUGAACAGUGGAACAGUCUCAGGAGGUUGUGGACUCCCUCCUUGAAGGUUUUUAAGCAGAGCUUGGCUGGCCAUCUGUCACAGAUACUUGAGUUCAUUGCAGCGGGUUGGACUAGAUGACACUUGGGGUCCCUUCCAGCUCUGCAAUUCUGUGGUUCCAUGACCUGUGGCCCUCCAGUUGUUGCUGGUGCAGAACUCCCAUCAGCUCCUGCCAGUAGGGUCAUUGAUCCAGGGUGAUGGGAGUUGGGAGUCCAGUAACACCUGGAGGGCCAGAGGUUCCCCGCUCCUGGCCCAGAACCAAAGUUGCUCAACACUUUUGGCAGCUCUGGUUAGCCAUAUCCAUCCGCUUCAAUAGGUCUCCUGUGAAUAGGGCUAACAUGGGGGACAGCCGUCUUGUUAGUGGGGAUGGUGUGGGGAGCUAGAGCAAAGCAAGAGGCUUUGGGACCCUUGUAAUCUAGCAGUUGUCUUUGGAGUCAGCUUAUAAGCAGCGGUUUUGAGUUGCGUGUGUGUGUUUGUGAGUCAACCAUUUCCUGAUCAGUCUGUUGUCUUUUGUGCUGAUCCUUGUGUCUGUGGGAUGUUCAGGACAUGUACCAGGUAAACCUUCCAGUAUAGAAGUCUCCCCGAUCUGUUAACCCCUUCAGUGUCCACUUUUAGUGUAGAGGCUUGUAUCAUGGGAUUAGCAGCCUUGGAAAAACUGUGUGUGUGGUGGCUUAAUUUUCCUUUUAGAACACAAUCCUUUCUUGUGCGUGCGUGUGUGACCUUGACACCUUGCUUUCAAAUGUCAUUCACAGAGAAGAACACUACUUAUCAUUUCAUUACUAGGAGUCAGAGAGUUGGAUUCAACGAAAUCCUGCACAGGGUGGACCCAUUGAAAUUAACGAAACAAGCUAGUCAUUCCUAUUAACAUCAUUGGGUCUACUCCCAUGGUUUCCAACGUGGGGCAUACGACCCACAGGGGGGCAAUUUAAUUUGGAAGCUUGUUUAGACCAAGUUAAUUGCCUUUUAGGCUUCCUCCACGUGAAUAGGAGUUCACUUUUUUAAUAAUAAGAAUUAUAUGUCACCGGGUGGUGGGUGGGUGGCAAUCAGGAUUUUAGAGAUGCUUAGGUGGGGCAUGGCCAAAAAAAAAGGUUGGGAACCACUGGUCUACUCUGAGGAGGGGUAGCAUUUCAUACCCACACAUAACAAAUUGCAACAGCUGCAUAGGGUUUCUUGAGCUGGGGCGAUAGCGACCCUUCUAAGUUGGCCACUUUUUCCAAGUUGUUUCCACUGUGUAUUUGGGUUGCAUCUUGUCCUUGGAUUGCUUCCCUCACCCUCAGCUGGGGAAGAGUUGCUAAGGUCCCCACAAUGGGUCUAGUUCAAGAGGAUUGUUGCCCUUGUAAAACUUGGCAAGGAAGAGGAUGGGGACAAAACUAGAACGAGGUGGCUGUUGUUGGCUCUGGCGCCACCUGCUGUUAGUCUUCCCAUCAGUCCCAAUGGGCACCAACCAGCUCUGUAAGCAGAUCCUGUUUUAAGAGACUGGAUUAGAAGACACUGCAUUCAGAUCAAGGUGUUCUUGCAAUACAUGCUGAUGGCCCCAAACAGGAGGAUGGCGGCAAGAAUGAAUCCAGUCUCUCCAAUUUGCAAGAGCUUCCUCCAUUUGGCUACCCGGAAAUUGUUCACUUGCCUGAGGGGAUCAGGCAGGCAUGACUAGGAAGUGCAAGGUGAAAGUGCUCAAGUACUCUCAGCACGCCACCCUUCGGUAUUAACGCAAGCCUCAAUCUGUAUUAGCAGCCGCAAUCUCAGAGUUGAUCCUGCACACUGUGUAACUUGUAGCAGUUGGCAAAUGCUGAGGCCUAGUCUAGGCUUGUAAUCCUUUUGGCGUCUUGUGCUUUUUGUAAAACUGUGCAAAGCGUGAAGCUGUGGCUGUAAAUUUGAUGACUGAUUUUUUUAAAAAAGAAAACAAUAAACCACAAAAAUAAUAAAUCGGGAGCUUGGAGCAGGAUAAGACCUUGGGACAUGCAUGGUUGUAAAGAAGAACCAAGUCUGCAAAUAAGCUCAUUAGAUUAAAUUUGGAUAGAAACCUGUCUGUCCCUAGGGUGUAUAGACGCCUUCAUCUCGCCAAACUUGCUUUUCACAGCACAGUUACAGCCCUCUUCAGGAAAACAGUGGGGAAAGGACUUCAUUUAAACCUUGAUUUCUCUCCCAUCCACCCCCUUUUUUUGCAGGAAGCAAAACUGACAGACCAGCUCCCACUGAUCAUCGUUUGCGACCGCUUUGACUUUGUGCACGAUCUAGUUCUGUACUUGUACAGGAACAAUCUCCAAAAAUACAUUGAGAUCUAUGUGCAGAAGGUAAGAAGCAGGUGGUUAUAAGUCCUGAAGAGGGGAACCAUCAGACCUUCCGUGAUAAGCCAGCUUGGCUCACUGGCUGCUUUUUGUCACAAACUGACAGUCAAGAAAUGGUGGUGCUAACAUAAACUUCAGCUCAGUCAAUGAGAUCAUCACUCCCCAAUUUGAUGAGGCUCAUCUGAUUAAAAACAAGAAAUGGAGCCUUUAGUGUCAUCAGCCCAGUUCUAUGGAAUACUGUGCCAAUAGAAAUUCAACAGGCGCAUUCUCUGAUUCUUUCAGCUUCUAAGCACCUGCUGAAAACUUUCCCAUCCAACCACACAUAUGCAGACAAUUAAGAAUAUUAUUUAUUUCAUUCAUUACAUUGAUACCCCACUUUUCCUCCGAAGAGCUCAAGGUGGCAUGCGUAGUUCUCCCCCGCCCCAUUUUAUCCCCCCAGCAACCAGGCCAUAGUCCAGAUGAUAACCAUGCCAGUGCAUGCAUCUUUCCAGAAUAAUUAACUGAUGUCUUAAAACGGCUUUUAUUGUGUGUUUUUAAUGUAUCAUUGCCAUAGGCCGCUUUGAUACAUAUUUUUUAAACGAAAUAACAGUAUAUAUUUCUUUAAAUAAAUAAACAGCACUCUGGCUUUAAAUCUCAUUGGGCUGCUGUCUUGGAUUUCUAGUCUGUACAGAAUCUAACCUUGAAAACGUGUAGUUAACUGGCUUCAAACCCCUCUUAUAUAGCGACCCGCAUUGUCAAAAGUGGUUGGGGGUAUCUCAAAGGUUGGGGGUGGUCUCCCUGUUGGCUUCGUACACUGAUAGAGCCAAAUCACCCCAGAAUAAGGGGGCACCUUCUGGCAGGGUCUGGGGGGAUGGUUGCUUAACUGCCCUCCAGGGUUGCGGCCUUCACUGUCCCGCUACGGGAGCUGAAGCUUGUUUUGGCCAGUAAUGUGAGGGUGGAGUGUGAGGUUUGGAGCCUGUUGCGUCUAAUUGCGGUUUUGCUGCUUUAAUGACAUCUUGGUGCUGCUGCUGCAGGUGAACCCGAGUCGCCUCCCUGUGGUCAUUGGGGGCUUGCUUGACGUGGACUGCUCCGAAGACGUCAUAAAGAGCCUGAUCCUGGUUGUGAGAGGGCAGUUCUCCACGGAUGAGCUUGUUGCUGAAGUAGAAAAAAGAAAUAGGUAAACCUCAUGCGGUUUGUGGGAAUAGUGUUCUCUUUUGUGGGGGCAUCAACAUUCCCUGGAAUUGCUAACCAGGAAUGUUGAACCUGUUUUUUGAGUUGUGGCUCUGUUCUGUUGUGUUGUUAGUUUAUUACCAAUUGACUUUUUUUUCCUUCCUUUUUAAAGGUUGAAACUCCUCCUGCCCUGGCUGGAAGCCCGAAUUCAUGAGGGCUGCGAGGAACCAGCCACUCACAACGCACUGGCUAAAAUCUACAUUGACAGUAACAACAACCCCGAGAGGUUCCUUCGCGAGAACCCCUACUACGACAGCCGGGUGGUGGGGAAGUAUUGCGAGAAGAGAGACCCGCAUCUGGCCUGCGUCGCUUACGAGCGUGGGCAGUGCGACCAGGAGCUAAUUAAUGUGAGUAUCCAACCCACUGAGUCUCUCUUAGCUAGAAAGAUGCUCUUGUAGUGUCUUUCAGAGUCAGGAAAUGAUGCUGGAUAUGAUUUUAAUGAAGAAGUAGGUUGCUUGGCUUAGUUCUGAUCAACAGGACACGUGUCAAAGCAGUUCUCAAGAUUGUAUUACUCAGAAGCAGCAGAACUUAAAUUGGCUGGCUGAUUGGAAAAAUGGAACACUUGAUUUGAAGAGACUGUUAAAAUUCCUACAUCCCAGGAGGUUUGUCUCCAUGACCCUUGGGAGACCCUUUCAACUCUCUGAUUCUGUUAUUCCUCCAUCCACCCAUGGAGACCUAUGGAGAGACUGCUUAAGUUAAUCUACCAAACUUCACAGUGAACACUAUUGCAGCUGAUAUGAUGCUUGUUGUUUGUAUGUUCAGAAAUCCAUUCAAUAAAAACACACGAACAAAAAAAGAGUAAAGAGUGGUAGCCAGAAACUGACAUCCCCAGGCAGGACUGCUCUGUUCCAACCCAUGUUCUACUCCAGACCCUCCCAAAUGACUAAAGGCUGUGCACUGGCUGAACUUUUUACCUCUGUAAAAUCCAGGCUCGGAACGCUUGACGCUUUCUCUCUCUUCCUCUACCACCUCCUCACAAAAGAACACCUCGGUUUCCCUGCCUGAAUAUAUUACUCUCUCGCAUUCCAGGUUUGCAACGAGAACUCCCUCUUCAAGAGCCUUUCGCGUUACUUGGUUCGCCGCAAGGACCCUGAGCUGUGGGCCAGUGUGCUGCUGGAGAGCAACCCUUACCGGAGACCCCUGAUUGACCAGGUACUUUGCGCUCCCCUCUGUUCCCCUUUGCUUGUGCUUUGUGUACACUUAAGAAAGUGAGCAGUAGGCAAGCAAGUUGCCAGCUGUGGGUACCCAUUGCUCAGAUCCCUCCCUCUCUCAUCAGGUCGUGCAGACAGCUCUCUCUGAAACUCAGGACCCUGAAGAAGUAUCUGUCACAGUCAAGGCUUUCAUGACCGCCGACCUCCCCAAUGAACUCAUUGAGUUGCUGGAGAAAAUUGUUCUUGAUAAUUCUGUGUUCAGUGAACACAGGUCAGUACUCUUGUGUUUGUCUGUCUUACAUCUUACCCUCACGCUUCAAAUAAUAAUUGGGGGAGAUGCUUGGAAAUUUGUGAGUAAAACCUCAAAAGUGCAGGCAGCUUGCUGGAUAAGAUUUUUAGCAGUUGUAAGGGGUUUUUUUAGCAGGUGCCAGAAUAGAGUACGUUGAAGACAUCUGCCUAAUCUCAAUGGACAGGGAGUUCCAGAGUGGAAGAAUUGAUUCCUUAUAAUUGCUGAAUGAAUAUUAAGUGGCACUUCAUUUUUAUACCAAGUCACACUAUUUGUCUAUGUUUGGAAGCCUUUGUGCUCCCAGAUGAUGGAGAACUGCAACUCCCACCAGCCCUAGCAAGCAUGACCAGAGAUUAUGGGAGUUGUAGUUCAGCAACAUCUGGAGGCGCAAAGGCUCUUCACACCUGCUUGAGCCCCUUACUGUUAGCAACUGCUAAAGACAUUUCUAAGGUCCUCAGCAGAGGGCCAAAAACCCUUCUCAGCUACAGAGAUCUGGGACUGAACCUGUGAACUCACUCUAAACCUUUAUUAUGUCGUUUUGAAUGAUGGCUGCUGAUGCCUUAAUUCCUUGCUUUACUAUUGCUUGCUUUUUCCUGUACAGGAAUCUGCAGAACCUCCUCAUUCUGACGGCUAUCAAGGCCGACCGGACCAGAGUCAUGGAAUACAUCAACCGCCUGGACAACUAUGAUGCUCCCGAUAUUGCCAACAUCGCGAUCAGCAACGAACUCUUUGAAGAGGCCUUCUCCAUCUUCAGGAAGUUUGAUGUCAACACCUCUGCUGUGCAGGUAAUGCUGGGUGUCCAUGUAUCUGAAUUCUGGGUAUGGUUCUCUUCAUGGAGCUGAGUGUUGGUUUGUAUCCCCAAACUGCUCCAUGUAUUUGUGCUGAAGGCUCCGCUUCCGUGUCAAGGGAAUCCAGCCCAAGUUUCAAGUGUUCCGGUUCACCACAGUCUGCAUGGGUUCUAGCCCAGGUUUUACAUACAGCUCAGGUGCCCUAGAUACUAAUUAGACCCUUGGGGGGAAACUGCAAAGAUUUAUAGUGGGCUUUUCUCAUGUUUAGAGUUCCUGAUAAAGUGGCUUGGUCAUCCUUUGUGUGAAGGCUUUUGGAGGCCUAACUAGGCACAUGCUAGGUUUAAUUCUGGCCAAACUACUCUUGCACUGCAAAUUCCUACCACAAGCACGCUAUUAGUUUUCGUUUUUUAAAUGGCAGCCAUCUCCCCACUUUCUAGGUUUUGAUCGAACACAUUGGCAACUUGGACCGUGCCUACGAGUUCGCUGAGCGCUGCAAUGAGCCAGCCGUGUGGAGCCAGCUUGCCAAAGCUCAGCUUCAGAAAGGGAUGGUUAAGGAAGCGAUAGACUCCUACAUCAAAGCGGAUGAUCCUUCUUCAUACAUGGAAGUGGUUCAGGCUGCGAAUGCCAGCGGUAAGGCUUGGGAACCCCCAUAUAAAGUUUUGUUUUCAGUAGCCUGGGAGCUUUCAGAACAGGCAGCACCCAGGUGGGAUUGCAGUAACUUAAGCUCUUCUGUGGCUGUAAAAAGCUUGACGCAUCCCGGAAGUCGUAAUUUAAAUGCAUUGGGUGACCUUCCUUUCUUCCAAGAAUUCAUUCAUUCCUUCUGCUUCUCAUCUCAUAUUCUCAGUCCAGCAUUGCUCUUAACGUGGCUUGCAGUAAACACAGUUAUAAUUAUGGCAGCUGGAAGAAAACGGACAAGGAUGGCAGUGCCAUGUUGGGAAAACUGUGGCUCCCAUCACCGCUUUGGCCUGCUGGCUGGGACUAGUGGGAACUAGAAUCCAACACCUAGAGGGCUACCGGUUCCUCAACCUUGUUGCAAAAUGUUGCCAAGGUUUGAUUCCCUCUUCCCUUUCAAAUCAACUCUCCGCUGCUCCUGCUCCAACACAGGGUGGGGAGCCUCUGACCUGUGGGCCUAAUUAAGUCUGCCACACCAUUUUGGCUUAGUCAAGCCCUUUUGCCCUAUACCCAGUACUACUUUUUCUAGGAAAAGAGGUGCCGGAACUCACCAUGAACGCCUUCCUUUUUCUCUCAUAAUGACAAUGGUGCCCGCCUGAGAGGUGCUGGAACUGAGUUCCAGUAAGUUCCGGCUGGAAAAGAAAGCCCUGCCCAUACCUCAUCUCACCUCACAAUGUCAGAUGAGGGGCAGGUAAAGCUGCAGCUGGGCCCAGAAGAGGUCUACAGGCACAUCCAGUCAGCUGACAGUUGGUGGCUGCAAGACGCUUUGAAGUCCCAUCAGCUGGUUGUUGAGGCUUCAAAGCGCAGGGCAGGUCUCUGCAGGCACAGUCCUUAAAGAGAGCCCUGCAUUGCCAAAGUCCCGCCACUCGGCUGGUAUUGACUGCCUUAGGGAGUUCCACUUUUGGAACUCCCUAGCUCAGCUCAGUGGGCUGGAGGAAGCCACUUGGAUUCAAUGCACUUUGAAUACAAACUGCUUGCUCGGGACAGGGGAAGCACUUCCUUAACUGAAGCAUUUUUUUUCUCUUUCCAGAGGAAGCAGCUUAUCUCUAACAAAGCUUUACUCAAGAGUUGAAAUAAAUGGACCCAAGUUAGUCAUGUCCAUUAUUUUCAUUGGUUCUAUUCUGAGUAACAUUGGCUACAACACUUUGCAUUCAAAGCACUGAAAGAAGCGCUUUAAAUGCAAUCAGUUUUCUGGAUGGAGGGGAAAUGCUCUUUUUCUUUUUUUAAAAAAGGAGUGCUUCUCCCUCCAGACUUGAAAGGGGCUCCCUGUGACAAAUUCUCAGCUGGUUGUCCCAGGGGGAGCCUCUUUGAAGGGGCACCCCCAGUCUUCAGAGGAGGCUGCUGUAACCACUGAUCCUCUGGUGGUUACCAAAACCUCCUUUGGGCUUUGACAGGUUUCAGUCACCUGCCACAUGCGGUCCUUCCCACAUGCGGAGUCACCCUGUGGGUAGUUAGAAGAUCAAGACCUGUCCUGGCAGCUAUAUCUGGUUCCACACCCCCUGCUCCACCAUGACAACCCAGAAACACAAGAGAGUGAUUAAAGAGCUGGCUAUUGCACAUGGGAAUCUAAUCUGACCAUUGCACUUUGUUCCACAGCAUAGGGCCCUUGAGAGAGGGGUCUGUUUUUGCUUUCCUUCAAGUUUCUCUAGAAUGGCAGGAUCAGGCAGGGUUUCCAUUGCAGCCAGUCGCACAUGAAACUUUCCCUCUCAGCCCUCCUCUUCCUUUCUGAAAAUUAUUUUAAGCAGAACUUUAUUGGAUGAGGAAUUCCUAGUUAUGAGACAGUGGCCUUGGCUCAUACAUCACGUUACACCAAUUUCUUUGCCUUUUUAUUUUUUGAGUUUUAAAGAUUUUUGACAAUUUAACUUCAAAUUUAAAAUAAUUAUAAGGUGCCUUCCUCCUGGGUGUUCCCAUUCCCACCCCCUCUGGCUGCAUUAAGCCUCCCUCUUCCUUGUUGCAGGAAGCUGCUAUUUGAAGCAUAGUUGUCCUGCAACACUGACUUCCUUUUUGUUAAAGGAGCCUCUUUGCUUUCUUCUUUCUGUUCCCCAGUUUUUGUCACCUUCCUUCAGGGUGACCAGGCCGAGGGGUAAAAGAGCCCCUCUCCAGGAUUCUAGCAAUCACACGAAGACUUCUUUGUACCAACAUAACAAUUGGUUGUCCCCCAUUUGACUCCCCUCCCAUAACUGCAAAAGGGGUCUAUUCCCCCCACCCUUUCGGGUCCCACUUUUUGAAACCCGUAGCAGAGGAAAAGAUGAGGAUCUGCCUCCCUCCCUAAUGGCAAGAUACCCAAGUGGUUGGCAAAGUACAUUUAUCCUCUACCAGAUGCGUUGAACAGACUUGCUCAGUAUAAGGGGCGGAUGACAAAGAAGUGGAUUGUUUGGCUGACCCGAUUUUUUUUUUCCUCCCCUCUUCCCUAGUUUUGGGAAGCUUGUGUUCUGUCCAGCAAGAAUGAGCGACUGUGUUUUGCUCUAAUAGCUCAGCACGCAGCUCAAGUCUAAGUACGAAUUAAUCAGUGUUCUGGGGGGGCUCAUCCUGUUUUUGCUUUUUGCCAGUGUCGCACAUGCCGUGAUGUUGUCCACCCCUCCCUUUCCUAAAAAGUGACGUUCCUCGUCGAGUGAGACUGUGCGGUCGAGUAAUAAGUACGGAGUGAAGGAUCUCUGUCUUUCAGCCUAACUGGGCAACGCUGCCGAUUGUCAGCAUGAUGUGACCUUGAACUUUUUUUUCUUUCUUUCUUUCUCUCCCUCCGCCCCCCAACCUAGGAAACUGGGAGGAGCUGGUGAAAUACUUGCAGAUGGCCCGCAGGAAGGCCCGGGAAUCCUAUGUGGAGACGGAACUCAUUUUCGCACUUGCUAAAACAAACCGUUUGGCCGAGCUGGAAGAAUUCAUCAACGGGCCAAACAAUGCCCACAUUCAACAAGUGAGUCCUUCCGUCAGCCUUUUAAAUGCGAAUUUCAAGUGUGGGGUGUUUCAUUUUAGUUUGGUUAGUUCAGCUCCUCCUGUCUCUUUGCAAGGUUUGGGUGGGCCUUUUGGAGGUUUCUUUUCCCCACACACAUGCCCCCCAAAAUAUUCUUUGCAACUUUAGAUACAAAGAUUUUGGGGGGGAGGGGAUCUCAGGUAUCAAAAUGAUUUUUAUAUGGGAUCUGAGAAGUUUUGUUUGGAGUGGUUAGCGUGUUGAAGGCUGGGAGGACCUGGUUUGAAUCCCCACUCAGCCCUAAAACUGCCCUGGGGUGGCCUUAAGACAGUCACCACCUCUCAGCCCGCCCUACUUCAAAGGGCAUAGCUGUCAACGUUUCUGUUUUUUUAAGGGAAAUUCCAUUAUUCCAAAUAGGAUUCCUUGCAAGAAGAGGGAAAAGUUGACAGCUAUGUCAAAGGGCUGUUGUGGGGAUAAAGCAUGUAGGAGCCAUGUAAACUGCUCUGAGCCCCUUUGGAGAAAGAAUGGAACAAAAACAGAACAAAUGGGCUUCUUAAAUAACGGAACUAAACUUGUGCAUGUGCUUUUGUAAAAAGAAAGCCUGGCUUUUUGGUUAAACUGGUCCAGUAGCGGGUUUAUUUUGCUUUGUUAUUAUACAGUUUUAUUGGCGUUAAGUCACAAAUGAACAAAAGUGUACAGUGACCUAUGUGUGGAGCAGUGAAAGCUUAUACAGGCAAUCACGAGUUUCCAAAUUUCCAGAACUCGUGAAAUGUAAUUCAAACUGUGAUAUGUGUGAGAGCAUAUCACUGUGAUCAAGCCAGUGAGAAUGUAGCUGUGCCAUACCAUUGUGUGGGUCAAAUCUCUAUUCCCAUUCAUAAAACUGGCACUGCACUUUGUCAAAUUGAUCAGUUCAGCACUCAUAUUUCAUUGGAACUGUUCAUUCCACUCAGAAAGCUUAGAUAAAUGCUUUCGUAUGGUCAAAUGAUUCAGAUAGUUUAGCCUUGUCUUGUCAUUGCUUUGCGGGGUCAGGGGGGGAGGACGAAUGGUGCCUAAAUAAUGAGAAGUUGAAAAUAAACAGAGAAAAUUGAGUCAUUUCAUGGGGGGGGGGGGUGUAAUCAGAGAAAAGGUAUUCAGAUAAUUGAAAACAAGUAGUAAGGGGAAAUGUGACCUCAAUUUUAAGAGAGGACGCUUGAGUACAGAAUGAGCAUGGUUGGAUGGAUGAAAUCAAGCACUUUUUCUCUUCACCGUCUUCUUCUCUAGGUUGGUGACCGUUGCUAUGAUGAGAAGAUGUAUGACGCAGCCAAGCUUCUCUAUAACAAUGUCUCCAACUUUGGGCGCUUGGCUUCCACGUUGGUCCACCUCGGCGAAUAUCAGGCAGCCGUGGACGGGGCCCGGAAAGCAAACAGCACUCGGACUUGGAAGGAGGUGAGCCCUUUGCUUCAUGCAAUAUGCAGAGCUUGUUCCUGCUGGCUUUGAUAGGUAGCUUUAAAAGAGGGCGGGGGCGAGUAGAGAGAUUCAUGGAAGAGGAGAGGCCUGAUCAGACGUGAUAGUGUCAGGGAAGAGACCCCAGCUCCAAUCCCUGGCAUCUCCAGGUAGGGCUGGGAAUGUCCUCUGUCUGAAACACUGGCGAACUGCUGCCAGUCAGUGUAGGCAGUACUGAACUAGAUGGACCAAUGCUCAGGUUCUGUAUAAAGCAGCUUCCUCUGUUCCUGUUUAAAUCAGCCUUUGAUUCAGAACCAUGAGGACUGGAACCUUGCUUUGGUUUUAAAGGAAGAGCUGUAGCUCAGUAGUAGAGCACCUGCUUUGCAUACAGAAAGGUUCAAGUCUUGCUAUCUCCAGGUAGGACUGGGAAGGCCUGAAAAAGGCCUGGAGAGCUGCUGCCAGUCAAUACAGUCAGUGUUGAGCUAGAUGGGUCCAUCAUCCUUGGCCUUGCCAGCUUGAGCUAAUGGGAAUUCGAGUCUAGCAUCAUCUAGAGAACGAUGCUGGCUCAGUGCAACAGUGGAGAAAGGGGUUCCUAGAGGAGGACUUUGCUGCUCCCCCCAGUUCCUCUGAGAGAAAAGGUAACUGAAGCUCGGUCUUUGACGUUUCCCCCCUCCAGGUCUGCUUUGCGUGCGUGGAUGGGAAAGAGUUCCGCCUGGCCCAGAUGUGUGGCCUUCACAUUGUUGUGCAUGCGGAUGAACUGGAGGAGCUCAUCAACUAUUACCAGGUAAUGGGGAGGUGGGGAAGAAAAAGCAGUGCUGAUGGGGCUGCAGAGCUUUGCCUCCGUAAAGGGGUGCUCAAGGAGGCGGCUGUUGCUGAGCAUUAACUCGUUACUCUUUCACCCCCAGGACCGUGGCUACUUUGAGGAGCUGAUCACCAUGUUGGAAUCGGCUCUGGGGCUGGAGCGGGCCCAUAUGGGAAUGUUCACGGAGCUGGCUAUCCUCUACUCCAAAUUCAAGCCACAGAAAAUGAGGGAACACCUGGAGCUCUUUUGGUCGCGAGUCAACAUUCCUAAGGUAACUCCGUCCCUAAGAUGGCAAAUUAUAUGAGGAGUAGAAAACAGGUGGGGGUGGCCGUGCAAGAGGAAGAACACCGGUUAAAAAGCAAAAACCCAGAACCUUGCAGAACCUGAGCAUUUUGGUGAGUUAAUAAUAAUAAAAUAUUUUUUUUAUUUAUACCACACCCUUCCUGGUUUUAAAACUGGGCUCAGCGCGGCUAACAGCAAAUAUAAAACAUUGAUUAAAAUGCAACUUAAAAACAGCAAAAAACAGCAUAAAAUGCAGCAUCAAUAUCAAUAAAAUUCAAAAAUUCAGGGGUCAUUUUUUGGGGGGGCGGAACUAUGUUAAACUAGGAACAGGAAGGCCCUGGCUCCAAUUUGGGGAGGGACCCCUCCUUGCUUAGAGCUCAUGGGGAGCGGCUACAACUUGAGCAAAAGAUCUUGUCUGAACCGGUGGUAGUGCAGCUUCGUAAUAUGUCCCCAUUCAGCCAUAAGGUGGCCCCCCACAGGGUGGCCUUGGGCCAGUUGCUGCCUGCUAGGCUAACCUACCUCAUGGGCAUCAUCAAGGUGGAGGAGAAUCCGCUCAUACGCUUCCUCUUUCUAAGGAGGAUUUGGGUGGCACUGCAGCAUGUGGUCAAGGAGCAAAUGCUGCCACCGUUGUGACUCAGACAAUGGAGUUCAGUAGCACCAGAGUCAACAGUGGCUCCAACAGUGCACACUUGUGGCAGGACAGUGCUCUCGAUGGUUUUUCCGGUUUCCGUCCUGGUUUUGGGACCGAGACGGCUCUGGUUGCCCUAACAGAUGAUCUCCGUAGACAACUGAAUCGAGGCGGUCAGGACUGCUGAUCCUUUUAGAUUUGUCAGCAGCCUUUGACAUGGUCGAUCAUGAUCUUCUGGACCACCGCCUCGCAGACGUGGGGAUACAGGGCAUAGCCCGUAACUGGCUGUGCUCUUUUAUCUCUGGUCGGGGACAGAGGGUGGCACUAGGGAGGGAAAUGUCGUCGCGCCAUUCCUUGGUGUGUGGAGUGCCGCAGGGCGCAAUUCUCUCCCCGAUGCUUUUUAACAUCUUUAUGCGCCCCCUUGCCCAGAUUAUCCGGAGCUUUGGGCUGGGCUGUCACCAAUAUGCUGAUGACACUCAGCUCUAUCUGCUGAUAGAUGGCCACACCGACUCUUCCCCGAACACACUGACCAGAUGCUUGGAAGCUGUGGCUGGAUGGUUUCGUGGGAGCCGAUUGAAACUAAAUCCUUUGAAGACAGAGGUCCUAUGGCUGGGUCGGGAUGGCAUGGGGAUGAGAGACCAACUCCCUUCUCUUGCAGGGGCCCAAUUAGUGCCAUUGCCUUCCGUUAAGAGUUUGGGUGUAAUCCUUGACGCCUCCCUUUCCAUGGAGGCGCAAGUUACAGCAACAGCCAAGGCGACAUUUUUCUACCUUCGCCUCAUCAAGCAGUUGGUCCCUUACCUUUCCUGCCCCGACCUGGCCACAGUGAUCCAUGCGACGGUCAUCUCCAGGCUUGACUACUGUAAUUCGCUCUACGCGGGGCUGCCCUUGAAGCUGACCCAGAAACUCCAGAGGGUGCAGAAUACUGCAGCGAGGCUCCUCACGGGGUCUCUGCCAUGGGAGCAUAUUCACCCAGUGCUUUUCAAACUGCACUGGCUCCCGGUGGAGUACAGGGUUAGAUUUAAGGUCCUGCUUUUGACCUUUAAAGCCCUUCACGGCCUAGGACCCUCGUACCUACGGGACCGCCUCUCCCGGUAUGCCCCACGGAGAGCCUCAAGGUCCAUAAAUAGCAACACCCUAGUGGUCCUGGGCCCUAAGGAAGUUAGAUUGGCUUCAACCAGAGCCAGGGCCUUUUCAACUCUGGCUCCGGCCUGGUGGAACGCUCUGCCUCAUGAGACCAGGGCCCUGCAGGAUCUGAUUUCUUUCCGCAGGGCCUGUAAGACAGAGUUGUUCUGCCUGGCCUUUGGCUUGCAGCCAAUUUGAUUCCCUCCGUCUCUUUUUUCCUUUCCUUCUCCUCAUGCGAUGAGGCUACAUUUUAAUAUUUUAAUGUUUCAAUAUUUUAAUGUUGUAUUUUAAUUUUGUUUUUAAGUUGUAAUCAUUCAACUUGUUUUUAUUAUUGCUUGUAAGCCACUCUGAGCCUGGCCUUGGCUGGGGAGGGCGGGGUAUAAAUAAAAAAUUAUUAUUACUAUUAUGGGCCUGUCAGACAAACUGAAUGGGCGGUAGACCUGUUGAUGGCUAUUAGACAUGAUAAUGGCCAAGUAGCUCUGGGCAUUGGGAGGCGGGGUUUGCUUUCCUGUGAAUUCCCAUUGGUCAGGACCAACUGAGGAAGGCUGCCAUUGGAGCUUCCCAGAGGCAUCUGGUUGGUUAUUGUUGAACACAGAUGCUGUGCUAGUCUAAGCUAGGAAGGCUCUCAGCCUGUCCUAGACUGGUUCUAAUACUCUAAACCAGUGGUCCACCCUCCAUGGAUCACCUGAAAGUUGUUCAGGGUCCUGGUGGACCACUUAAUGAUUUUUCUGCCUUUUGUAGCAAUUGUGAUGCACUGCUCUAGAUGCUGUGUGAUUUCUAUAUUAUAUUACAAUUCGAAUUCCAUACAAUUCAAGGCUCUAAGUGUUCUUCACAGAUGCUGCGGUUGACCUUAGAGACUCCUGCAGAUCGUAGUUUGUGAGCACCUAUUCUAAACCAUUUUCAUUUCUUGAAGGUGUUGAGGGCAGCUGAACAAGCCCAUCUUUGGGCCGAGUUAGUCUUCCUGUACGACAAAUACGAAGAAUACGAUAACGCCAUCAUUACCAUGAUGAACCACCCGACAGAUGCUUGGAAGGAAGGGCAGUUCAAAGACAUCAUCACUAAGGUACUGUCCUGCUUCUCAGUAAAUUCCCCUUGGUAGGUUUUAUAUCUGUGUUGGUGUUUUGAUUUGGCCGUUGGAACAGGAAGCGCCUGCAUGAUCCUGCACCACUGAUGCGGUGGAUGAGCAAGUGGCUUUCUGUUGGGAACUGUGCCAAAACGAAGGAGGGGUUGUGCCGGGGAUAGCCAGAAUUGCGCCUUCGUUCCCUUAAGCUUUCCCUGCCACCCUUGCAAAUGUUUGGGAGCCAGUUAACCCGCCUUUUCUUCCCUCAGGUGGCCAACGUGGAGCUGUAUUACAAAGCGAUCCAGUUUUACUUGGAGUUCAAACCUCUGCUGCUCAACGACUUGCUGAUGGUUCUGUCUCCCCGACUGGACCACACGCGUGCGGUCAACUUCUUCAGCAAGGUAGGGUCAUCCCUCUCUGGAGGAAACUUCCAUCUGCAUCCCCUCCUUAAUUUGGAAGUGGCCUUGCCACAGAUCAGAGCACAGCCACUUGUGUAUUGGCCAAGAUCCCCCCCCAAACUUUAAGGCAGUUAAAAAAAUGAUUAAAUAGCCCCUGGCUGCUUGGUUGGGUCGUGCAGUAACCUCCUAUCCUUGUUCACAGGUUAAACAGCUUCCACUGGUGAAGCCCUACUUGCGCUCCGUUCAGAACCACAAUAACAAAUCGGUGAACGAAUCUCUGAACAACCUCUUCAUUAUAGAAGAAGACUAUCAGGUAGGAAUGGUUUCAGGGUGUCACAUGUUCUCAGGAUGCUAAAACUCAUCUUCAAUUCUGUCUCUGUGCAUCAGAAAUUCCAUACCAUCUAUGCUUAGAAACCACACCCUCUGUUUCUCUGAGAUAUUAUUUUAUUAUAUUUAUACCUAUACCCUGCCUUCAUUGGCCCGAAAGCGCCAUUUAAAAACCUUCUCCCCCCCCCCCCCCGUCCAGGCUCUCAGGACCUCGAUAGAUGCCUAUGACAACUUUGACAACAUCUCCCUUGCUCAGCGCCUGGAGAAGCAUGAGCUGAUUGAGUUCAGGAGAAUCGCUGCGUAUCUCUUCAAAGGCAACAACCGCUGGAAACAGAGUGUGGAGCUGUGCAAGAAAGACAGGCUAUACAAGGUGACAGGGCUGGUGGGGUGAGCGCUGCCUGUCUGUAUUGGGAGGGUGCCCAGCAUGGUACCCAGGAGGCAGUGAUGAGGGCAAAGCAGCUUUGCUUGCAGAAGAGUUUCUGAGGCCCUUCGAUCUGUGCUUGCAACCCUCCAUGCCAUGGUGUUUGUCCUCUUCUUCUUGCCUUUGAGAUUGUAUGGUUUAUUCAGAUUCAGAUUCAGCUGUUGGAAAACAAGUGUUCUUAAAGAAGCAGACUACACAUCCAUGUGAAAUACCUCUGUUCAAGCGCUUUAUAUACUACCCUUCACCAAUAGGCUCCAGAGCAGCUUCAUGUCAUUAAACAUCUAAAUUGGACACAAUAGAGUUAAGAUGUGAUAGGUUCCGCAACUGCAAUGCGCGAAGAAACGGGGCAUCAUCAAACAACACAUCAGUCCCAUAUUCAUGUAAAAGUAGCUCAAGUUUGGAAUACAUAAAGCUGAUAGCCGUUAAAACCGCAUGUAACAUGAAACAAACGUAGGCUUCUGAACCUCUCUGGGAAAUCACAGCAUUCUACUUUGGGGUAGGAAUAAAAAAAAAGCGCUUCCUGUCCUUAACAUUUAAAAAGGCAUUUUUCAUAAACGUGGAUAUAUUUAAAAAGAGCCCGAGUAAAAGAAAAGUGUGAAGAACAUUCUGAAGAUCCCUAGUAACAUCAUUCCUUUUGAAAAUGUUGCCCUGGUAGCAGCUACUGCAGAUGGAAAACACACAGUGGAGAGGCCAGCCUUUCCCCAACUCUGAUAUUUUGGAUUACAGCUCCCAUCAGAUGUAGCCAACACAGCUGAUGGGGUUUGUAGUCCCAAACAUUGCUGGGGCUGAUGGGAUUUGUAGUCCCAAACAUGAAGUUGGGGUAGGUGGGCAACGGCUAGGCCGCUCUUGAGCAGUAGGGCAGUUACACAUCUUUGCUUCACACAUUCUUCUCUUUUCCUUUUUCUUUUGGCACAUUUUCUGACCCCCCCCCCCCGCCUCCCCUCACAGGACGCCAUGCAGUACGCUUCGGAGUCCAAAGACACUGAGUUGGCGGAAGAGUUGUUGCAGUGGUUCCUGCAGGAGGGCAAGAGGGAGUGUUUUGGGGCCUGCCUCUUCACCUGCUAUGACCUCCUCCGGCCAGAUGUUGUCCUGGAGACGGCCUGGAGGCACAAUAUCAUGGAUUUUGCCAUGCCUUACUUCAUCCAGGUCAUGAAGGAGUAUUUGAGCAAGGUAAGGAGGGCCUCAGAGCCCGCCCACCCCAAUAAAUCAGAGGCCUCCCUGCUGGUUGCUUGCCGUGCUGUUUCCCCAUGAACACAAUCAGUUGUGUGUUAUGUGUGCGACUAACCCCUGCGUUGUGCUUCUUGGAGCGUCAGUCUCUGUCCUCGUUGGCACUUGUUCUUCUUGAGACUUUUCCCCCCGAUCAGUAAGACAUGGCACAAGAGGAAAAGGGAAUGGGAGGGAGGAGGGGAAAGCAAGCUCGAGCACAAGUUUUUCAAGUCACCCUUUUCAUAACAUAGUUAAAUAGGUUCUGCCUGUCUUGAUAAAGAGCAGUCCCUUCCAGGAAGCAGCCCCAGAUCAGGUCCAGGACCAGAGCAGGUGAUACGGUGUAAUCAGCCACAACUUCUACCAUUGUUUAGCUUGGAGGAUGGGCCUGGAAUUGGAGCCCCCUGAUCAGUCUAGCAUUGGUCUCGCAAGACCAAUUCCUGCAGGUUGGAAGCCACUUUUGGGGGUAAUCAAGAGUAGUUCAUCCGUAAGACUUCAAUCCACGAAGGAUUGAACGCCGUGUUUCCCGCAUAUGCUGGCAUUUGCAAUUACUGUGAUGCAACCAGAUCUUUGCAAUUCCUCCUUACACGAGCUGACAUCCCAGUGCAGAAGUAUGUACCAAGCCAGAAAGGGUCUGUUUCUAUCAUCCACUGUGAACCUUCUUCAGGGGUGGUCGGAAGCUUUGCCCACUCAGGAACAAAUCUGUCCAGCAACCAGUGCUGCAGUCCCUGCUAGGUGAUUUGCUCUUUGCCAUACUGACCACCUCCCUUGUUGGUCAAGCUAUGAAAAUGGGUUUCUGGUCUCCUCGACUGAGCCCAAGUGAUGCUUUCAAAGAGGUAUCUCUUGAGCGGCUGGCUUUCCACUUCCUUGUUGCAGCACCAGCUUAAAACUUGAGUGUUUCAGGGGUUCCAAAAGGUUUUGGGCGAUCUCAGCAAUCCUUUCGCUGAAAGAAUGGUGCCUUGAUGAUCCCAGCCAGCUCAUGUUCCCAGCAGUUGCCCUUCCUAGUUCUAGGCAGUCUGCAUUCUCUCUCCAUCCCCCAACCCCCAAGCAGCCCUCCUGUGUUUAUGGAAAGGUGCAUUUGAGUGAUCGCUCUGCACAAAAGAUUUAUCCAGAAGCUUGUAGUGCUUGCCGCAAUAGCUCUCGAUAAAAACAGCGAAAGUUGCUCAGUAGCUGUAUAAUCAUUUAAAUGGGAGUAUUUUAUUUUAGUUAUUGAUUUUAUAUCCCACACUUUCCUCCAAAGGAGUCCAGGGCGGCAAAUGUAUCAAUGCUAUAAAAAUAAACCUCUUUAAAAACAGUUUAGAAUAACCUUCUGAAAACAGUCAAAACUCCUAAAAGCGUACUCCUGCUGCUCCUGAAAGUGUGAGAAAACUGGGUGACCAAGGCUGAGAUUAGGUGGUUCUGUGUAUGCUAGGAUGUGAACUAUUUAGACUGGAUCCCAGCUCUACCCCACAAGGAUCUGUUCCUUUCAGAAACACAGGGUCACAGGUCAAAAAAGGACUUGAACCCAGCAUGCAUGACUUAAGGAAGAAAUAAUUUUGGUGGCGGCAGCAGUAACCUUGUUCCUUUAACCUGGGGGCAGCGAUCUCAGCAUAGCGACAUCCUAGUCCUGCACUCAGUUGCAUUAUGUACAUUGUGUAUAACCUGGCCUGGCCUUGGAAUCGGAAGCCCGACUUGGCUUUCAGCAGCAGAUAACUUCCAAUAUGUUUUGGGGUUUUUUUAAGGUUUUAACUCCCCCCCCCCCUUCUUUGCUCUUUGCUUAAUCUACCUUUAAAAGAAAAAGAAAUGCUCUAUUAUGGAGUGAGUUUUUUUCCUCUAAGCUGCACCUUCUGAAUUCCUUUGCAGGUUGAUACAAUAAAGGAAAAGGUGAAAGUUGAUUCUUUUCCAUCUUUAAGUCUGGAGGCCUGAGUCUAAGGAUAUAUAUCUGCAUGAGUUUUCCCCCUCUUCCCCUCCUUCCUACCUUUACUACACUGCUGCUACUGCUUUCUGCCCGCCAGCCCCUUGAACAGAAAUCUCACUAAAGCCUCUGCAAAUUAAAACCAUAGUCAUUAGCUGUAGGACCAACCAGUAGACACUAAUUGGCUAAUAGACUCUCCCAGGAAGGUUGGAUGCAAUCAGUUGGAUCACAGUUUGAAGAGAAACCACAAGGCCCUGGGAACCUGGUCCCCUAGAAACAUUUUAAAAUAAAUUGCCCUGCAGGUGGCUGCAAAUCAUUUUAGUGGUGCCACCCCCCCACCCCCCGGAGAGUCUCAGGGUGGCAAUCUGGGUUCCUCUCCCUCAUUUAAUGCAGUAUCUUUUUUGCCUCCUUGGAAAGGACUGUGAUCCAACACCUGAUCCUCGAGUCUUACUAAUGUGUCUCGCUGAAAGUAGGCAAAACCAAAGAAUGCUCCAGCUAGCUGCUUAAAGACUGGGUUUUUUUUCUCACCUCCAACUCAGCGUCCAGUUUUCCCACUUCCAGCAGGCUCUCCUUCCAGCCCAAGGCUCGUUCCCUGAGCUAAAGCCCUCUUGGUUUAAACCCUUCUCACCUUUACAAAAAAAAAAAAUCCCUCCCAGAUGUUCUCAGCAUUUCCUUUAAACCAGAAUUGAUGCUCAAAGAACUUCCUUUCCCAGAAGUUAAACCCCUUUCUGUUUGGCUGGUGGGUUCUAGGGGAUGCUAAAAAGCCAUCUUCCAAAAAGUCUGCAAAUCGGACGUUGAUUUAAAGCUGCCGCCUCUUCCUUUUUUGAUCGCCCCCCCCGCGGCAGCUUCUGGAACCUGUUGCAGAUCUGUGCCUUAGAACGCUCUCCCUAAAAGUCCUUCAGCAGCUAGCAAGUUGAGUCGGUUGAAAAAAAAGAAAAGAAAAGUGUGGUGUGAAAAAAGGUUAAUGAACUGCAGUGUUUUGCUUUCUUGAACUGAGCAUGUUCAACAGUCAUUGUGAUGUUACAUCUCACUUUCCCCUGAAGCUGCAAAGCGCAUUGCUGUGGGUGAUGGGGAGGGGCGGGGUGGGGUGCUGCGUGCCGUGAACUUUUUUGGGGAGGUGGGGGUGGGAAAGGGAGCCUUGUCUGGCCGCCAUCUUUCCAACCUCACUCCCCUGCUUCAGUUCUUUUGCCUUUUUUCCAUGAUCACACACAUGGCACCAAAAAUAUAUAGAUAAAUAUAUAUAUACAUAUAUAUAAAACAUUGACCGCAUGUGAUUUCUUUUUUUAUUUUUUACUCUUUCUCCCCCCUCUGCAGCUUUAUCGCAGUCUCCGUGGAAAAGCCUUUCUUUUUUAAAAAAAUGCAGUUCUGUGCACUUAACGAAAUCUAUCAGCAGGGAGUGUCCAAUAGUUUGGUUUUUGUGUAAAGAGCAGCUUCUCUCCCCCUUCCCUCUUUUUUUAACAAGCUUGCAGAAUAUAUUCUAAACACUUGUGUUUAGUAAGAGCCACCUGAGUAGAGUUUAAAAUUUAUUUUUAAUAGACAGGUUUUUUUGUGUUGUUGUUUUUUUAAUGGUCUGGUCCGGAAACUGACCUGGGCCCUGUGGAGACUCUGCCUCUUCUGCUUAGCUUGCAUUUCUCUGUCUGGAUCUUUGCUUCGGUAACCUCACACAAUCCCAAGCUUAUUCUGGUUCUUCCUCAUCGCCGCAGGCUUCCCAGCAGGAGCAGUGUUGACUUUUGUAGGGGUAACACGAUCCGCCCAGAGAGCAGGCUAUGAAGCUUAAGAAAGGUUGACUGGAUGCUCUCGUUUGCCUCUCCCCCCCCCCUCCACAUUUGUUCCCCCCGCCCCCUUGUGUGUUCUCCUAAUCGCCCUUGUGUUUCGUGGGGAAGCCAACCAGGGGGUGUGGGGGAAACUGCAUACCUGACCCUAUUACUCUAGAGAUGGAUUCCAGCCCAGUGAUAGUGGCUCUGCUCUGCCUCCACGGCUGGAGGUAGCCGUGCUUCUGAAUAUCACUUGCUGGGAACCGCAGGAUGGUAGAGGGCUCUUGUGCUUGAAUCCUGCUUGCGGCUUUCCCACUGGCAUCUGGUCGGCCGCAGUGAGAACAAGAUGCUGGACUAGGUGGGCCAUUAACUUGACCCAGUAGGGCCUAAGUUCUUAGCAGUCUUACUAAACAGUAAGGAGAGAGCCGUAGCUCAGUAGCAAAUCACUUGCUUGGCAUGUAGAACCUGUUCCCAGCAUUCCCCGUUAAAAAGGGAAACCAGAAAGGAUCAGGUAGUGACAGGUGAGGAUAAGAUCUCUCCGGCUAAGGCCUUCGAAAGCGUCUGCCAGUCAGAGGAGGCAGUGUGUGCUCAGAUGGACAUUCAGUUUGACCUGAUAGAAGGCAUCUUCCUCAGGUCCAAGAGUAACUUCCAGAUCAUAGAAGUUAGUCUUGUAAUUUGUGGCAUUGGAGUUAGGACUCACCCGUUAUAAUCCUUCUGCGAUCCACCGAUUAGUGGGAGGUUCUGCUGUGAUCCUUUGGAUGCUGAACAAAAAAUGUCUCCAUCCUGGGCACCUCAUUCAGACUGGGGUGAGGUGGGAGGGCGCUGAACCUUCCUCCAACCUGGCGCAGUUCCAGUGCUCUGCUGUGUCUCCCCCCACACUUCAUAAAGGUUGUUUUCUCCUGUAUGUGAUCAGCCUCUGCCAACCUGAGUGUCCACCAGGAGUUUCGAACUCCAACUCGCAUCCUGCUGGCCGGGGCUGGUAGGAGUUGUAGUCCCUUAGAACUCAAGGAGCAUCAGGUUGUCAAAGGCAGCCAUAGGUUAUGGAGAAGCAAGAAGCUUGGGUGGCAGACGGACUUUUGCUUUUUAACAAAUGGUUGCAACCCUGUUCUUUUUAAAGAGACGCGCCUGUGCUGCUCAGGUCACCCAAACCUGUGUCUCAGUAGUAGAGUCCAGGUGGGGCCUGUAGAGGCUCAAUAGACAGGUAUUGCAGGUCACGUUGCAAGCUGGGGAUGUGGCAAAUCGGUUGGAUGGCAGUGUGACAAAUUGCCUAGAAACCUAUUACUGGAUGUGGUCAUUUGAUCCCCCAAGUGCAGCCUCUAGAGACAAUGAGCCUGACAGGUCCGGGCUAGGCUUGGGGAAUGAAUAACUGGAAAAACCACUUGGCGGUAGGUGUCAGGCUUUCCCCUCCGUUCUGAAGGUUUAUCGGCAGAACCUCCUUGACGUCUUUUCUCCAAACGGCUGUCCAAUGUAGUUGAGGCGGUCUUUGUAACAGUCCCAACGUUAACUCCACGCCCCCCAGCCCCCGAAACCUCAUUUUGGGAGCGACCUCGUUUCUCUGCGUUCCACGCCCCUUGAAGGCUUUUCCACUUCUCUGCCAGAAAACAAAACGGGAGUUGAGAUUCUGCAGCGCAGCCUUGCCUGAUUUCUUUGGGGUUCUUCUGUCUUCCUAGGUGGACAAGCUGGACGCCUCAGAGUCUCUGAGGAAAGAGGAAGAGCAGGCAACGGAAACACAGCCCAUUGUUUAUGGUAACGACCUGCGGCUUAAUGUGCAGUUGGGUGGAUGAAAUGGGCACACUUUGCAGCAGCUAGUUCUAAAACGGGACUUAAGGAAGUUUGGCAGCUGGCAGCCAGAGACCAUAUUCUUUUGGCCCCUGGGCCUGAGGUUCCCUGCCCUGGUACAGUGCGCUUCUGGAAGAUACCUAGAGCUGCCAUGUUGAGUUUAUUCUAAUCAAAUAAACUUAUUUGUAGGGUACUGAGCAGAUUUAAAUUUAAAACUUUGCUAUUAAUGAAGCAGUCUUACAAGAUUGCAGGAAAGAGGAGCAAUUUUCAGGAGACACAUCCCCUCUCUGAAGGUGCUAGGGCUCGGCGAUACUUGGUUUUCAACAUUGUGAUACAUCAGCAGCUAAAUACCGGUACAGUGGUACCUCGGUUUUUGAAUGCAAUCCGUUCCAGAAGAUGGUUCGACUUCCAAAACUUUCAAAAACCAAGGCACAAAGGGUGGUUUGCCAAUUCAGUAGAGAAAAUUGUGAAAAACAUAUACACACAGCGGAAGCCGUUCCAACUUCCGAGGUGUGUUUGAAAACGGAAGCAUUUAUUCCUGGGUUUCCGCCGUUCGAAAACUGAAGCGUUCAGCAACGGAGACGUCCGAAAGCCAAGGUUUCACUGUAUAUGCUGAUAAUUCACGAUGGCUGGAAUUGAUGGCAGUUUCCUUGAAGGGCUGCCUUGCCCCAAAUAUACCCACUCAGCCCUUUCACAAGCGCCACUUUGAGCGCUUUCCACACUUGUGAGAGAAAAACCCCUUUCCGUCUGGCAGCAUCUCUGUUGUGGAACUCCUUGCCUGUCUACAUUAGGCAAGACACCCUCACUAGGCAUAAUACACAAUACUGUAUAUAAAGCCUUCUAUUUCAGCAAGUCUACACAGACAUAUAAUUUAGAAGCCAGGAAUGCUGCUUCUUCAUAACAGUGCUUGCUUGCUUUUUGUAAACUGUUUUGAGUUGGUAGUUCUGAUUAAACAAAUGAAAUAAAAAUUAAUUGUAGGGGUUCUCAUGCUGUCCCCUUUUAUGAACAUGGAUUGAAUGGAGCGCUGACUCUUUCACUAACCGUUCUUCCUCUUCCCGCUUCCUUUCCCCCCUAGGUCAGCCCCAGCUGAUGUUGACGGCUGGGCCCAGCGUCGCAGUCCCCCCACAAGCACCUUUUGGCUACGGCUACACUGCCCCUCCCUAUGGGCAGCCUCAGCCCGGUUUCGGAUACACCAUGUAAGAAAAGCAAGUCUGUUUGGAGCUAGCAUCGAUUUGCUGUUGAAACUCCACCGUCCCACUUCAGCUCGACAGGGAAAAAGCUUUGUGCCCCUUAUAACCUUUACUUUAUGAAGGACUGUAUUUUUGUUUCUCUCCCCGUCCCCAGCACAAACCUUUUCAGUCCCACUUAAGCAUAAUCCUUCUUUUUUCCACAUUCCAUGUCACUUAGAAAGGACUUUCUUUUUUUUCUUUCCAAAUGGGAAUAUUUGAGUGGGCUUCCCCCCCCCCUUUUUUGGUUUCUUUUUUUUUGCAAGACUUGCUUCUUGACAUUAAACCCCGGUCUCUUUGUGACUCUUCCAAUUUGCACUCUGUAAACGUUUAAACUCUACUAUCGAAUCUAAAGUUCAGUGUAUGUGAGCAGCUUUACAAAUAUGUACCGUCUUAUCUAAGGAAAAAAAAAUGCAUUUAAAAGUCUCGUCGUAUAUUCUGAAGAGGGGGGGUGGCGGCAGAAAAAGCUUAAACCAAGAGAAGGAUUUGUAUUUGGGAGUUGGAACACUAAACCGGCAUCUCCUACCCCGCUUGGAUUGCUUAGCUCUUUAAAAAUAAAAGACAUGAGUACAGACAACCUUUCCUGAAUUUAAAAAACAACAGCGGCAAACCUAGUAGAGUCCCCCCCCCUUUUUAACCUAUGCAGGUUUCCAGUUUAGUCUUAGAGAAAAUGCUAGUGUGUGUUCACUCCAUACGUAAACGGAUGAUGACCCUUCUGUCGUGCUACUGUAUACCCUGUGCUUUUCUUGUGGGGACCAUUUUUUUAUUAUUUUCCAUUGAGGAACAAGGAGGGAGCACCAUGAAUCCAAGUGUGCGUGUACUUGACCUAACCCUGCCCUGCGGUUCGUGUAUGUUGGAUAUUGUGGUGUUCAAGAUCAAUAUUUUUUUCCUGAGUGUACAGAAGAGAGAAGGGGGGAAAAGAGAGAGAGAGAGAGAAUUCAAACAGAAGAGCAGGAGGGGGGAAAAGAAAACCAAUUGCUGUUCAAUUUUUUUGUUUGUGCAAUUUAAAAAUGACUCGAAUUGGAAAAAUAAUAAUAAAUUACUGGACUGUGGACAUGCUCUAUGGUAGUGUUUCAGUAUGCAUCUCUCUUCAAGCUCCUUUUUACAAUGUAUGUGCUCGGUUGAAAAGCAAAACACAGAAAGGUUGGUGCUUUUCAAGGUCAGACGGGAGAGGGGACCAGCAACUUAGCAAAAAUACCAAAUUGUUACUAUGGAGACCAGACUAUAUUGGCAGGUGACUUUGCACUGAAGAGAUUAUGUGUGAGAGAGAGACAGAGAUGUGUGUGAGGCAGAUGUUUGGGGACUAUAUACUGGAAUAAGGGGAGAGAUGAUAGCACUUUUCAACAGGUGGCUGCAGCUGGGCCAACGACAGCGUCUUUUAACCAGGUGAUGAAAACCUCUUUAGGGUUGUAGUUUUUGAGUGUUUCCAGUUAAAUCUGACAAAAAAUUAAAAAAAAUAAAAAGAUCAUGUUAUAGGUAUGUUAAGUUGCCUUAAUAUAUUUAGC